UCUCAUUUCAUGUGAUGUACAAAGACGCAUCUACACCACUCUGAAGAUUCCCCCACUACAAAAGACUGGAUUCAUCUAUACAAAGAUAUACCUCGUUGUUUGAUUCAUCUACCAGGUUGGUAGGCAGUGCAUGGGAUAUCUCGCAGCUGACUGGACAGGUAGGUAGGCAGUGCAUGGGAUAUCUCGCAGCUGACUGGACAGGGAGGUAGGCAGUGCAUGGGGUAUCACACAGGGAGGUAGGCAGUGUAUGGGGUAUCACACAGGGAGGUAGGCAGUGCAUGGGGUAUCACACAGCUCGCUGCACAGGGAUUUUAGUAUGUUGGAAACGUGUGUGUGUGUGUGUGUGACUAAAGGCAUGAUUGCAUACAAUGAUUUCAGGAUGGUCAGACAGCUCCAAUGGCUCUUCUACAACAAGAACUGCAUUGUGGGUUUGCCAGCAUCCAGGGAGGAGUAGUAUCUGGAGGUUUGUCUUUUGGCCACCCUGUCAUACAGUCCGUAUGGACCAGAGGGAGAUUUGUGCACUCAUGUCUGGAUAAAUAACGCAUGGUUGUGAUGGUACAAAGCCACAGGCAGUAAUGCAUGGAGUAAUGCACAGUGAAGCUUGUAAUGCAGAGAGAUGCUUGACAUGCCACAGGUUAUAAAGCAAGCACGUGUGUGACAUGUAAUGGCCAUUAAUGCAUUUAGUAGUUUAAGACCACUAACAGUAAUUUAUCUGUGCUUAUAAUUCUUGGGUAUGCAUGUACACAGCCUGUAGUGGUGUAUUAGGGUGAUUGUGAUGAUAUGGGCAGUAAUGCAUUGCGGUGGUUAUAAUACCACUAGUAUUAAUAUAUAGUGAUUGCACAUGCAGUGAUACACAGGGAUAUUUGUGAUAUACAGUAAAGCAUUGCGGUGGUUAUAAUACCACUAGUAAUAAUAUAUAGUGAUUGCACAUGCAGUGAUACACAGGGAUAUUUGUGAUAUACAGUAAUGCAUUGCGGUGGUUAUAAUACCACUAGUAAUAAUAUAUAGUGAUUGCACAUGCAGUGAUACACAGGGAUAUUUGUGAUAUACAGUAAUGCAUUGCGGUGGUUAUAAUACCACUAGUAAUAAUAUAUAGUGAUUGCACAUGCCGUGAUACACAGGGAUAUUUGUGAUAUACAGUAAUGCAUUGCGGUGGUUAUAAUACCACUAGUAAUAAUAUAUAGUGAUUGCACAUGCAGUGAUACACAGGGAUGUUUGUGAUAUACAGUAAUGCAUUGCGGUGGUUAUAAUACCACUAGUAAUAAUAUAUAGUGAUUGCACAUGCAGUGAUACACAGGGAUAUUUGUGAUAUACAGUAAUGCAUUGCGGUGGUUAUAAUACCACUAGUAUUAAUAUAUAGUGGUUGCACAUGCAGUCAUACACAGGGAUAUUUGUGAUAUACAGUAAUGCAUUGCGGUGGUUAUAAUACCACUAGUAAUAAUAUAUAGUGGUUGCACAUGCAGUGAUACACAGGGAUAUUUGUGAUAUACAGUAAUGCAUUGCGGUGGUUAUAAUACCACUAGUAAUAAUAUAUAGUGGUUGCACAUGCAGUGAUACCCGGGUGGUAUUUGUUAUAUACAGUAAUGCAUUGCGAUGGUUAUAAUACCACUAGUAAUAAUAUAUAGUGAUUGCACAUGCAGUGAUACACAGGGAUAUUUGUGAUAUACAGUAAUGCAUUGCGAUGGUUAUAAUACCACUAGUAAUAAUAUAUAGUGGUUGCACAUGCAGUGAUACACAGGGAUAUUUGUGAUAUACAGUAAUGCAUUGCGGUGGUUAUAAUACCACCAGUAAUAAUAUAUAGUGGUUGCACAUGCAGUGAUACACAGGGAUAUUUGUGAUAUACAGUAAUGCAUUGCGGUGGUUAUAAUACCACUAGUAAUAAUAUAUAGUGAUUGCACAUGCAGUGAUACACAGGGAUAUUUGUGAUAUACAGUAAUGCAUUGCGGUGGUUAUAAUACCACUAGUAAUAAUAUAUAGUGAUUGCACAUGCAGUGAUACACAGGGAUGUUUGUGAUAUACAGUAAUGCAUUGCGGUGGUUAUAAUACCACUAGUAAUAAUAUAUAGUGAUUGCACAUGCAGUGAUACACAGGGAUGUUUGUGAUAUACAGUAAUGCAUUGCGAUGGUUAUAAUACCACUAGUAAUAAUAUAUAGUGAUUGCACAUGCAGUGAUACACAGGGAUAUUUGUGAUAUACAGUAAUGCAUUGCGGUGGUUAUAAUACCACUAGUAAUAAUAUAUAGUGAUUGCACAUGCAGUGAUACACAGGGAUGUUUGUGAUAUACAGUAAUGCAUUGCGGUGGUUAUAAUACCACUAGUAAUAAUAUAUAGUGAUUGCACAUGCAGUGAUACACAGGGAUAUUUGUUAUAUACAGUAAUGCAUUGCGAUGGUUAUAAUACCACUAGUAAUAAUAUAUAGUGAUUGCACAUGCAGUGAUACACAGGGAUAUUUGUGAUAUACAGUAAUGCAUUGCGGUGGUUAUAAUACCACUAGUAAUAAUAUAUAGUGAUUGCACAUGCAGUGAUACACAGGGAUAUUUGUGAUAUACAGUAAUGCAUUGCGGUGGUUAUAAUACCACUAGUAAUAAUAUAUAGUGAUUGCACAUGCAGUGAUACAGGGAUAUUUGUGAUAUACAGUAUGCAUUGCGGUGGUUAUAAUACCACUAGUAAUAAUAUAUAGUGAUUGCACAUGCGGUGACACAGGGAUGUUUGUGAUAUACAGUAGUACAUUGCGGGAUUAUAAUGCCACUAGUAAUAAUAUAUAGUGAUUGCACAUGCAGUGAUACACAGGGAUAUUUGUGAUAUACAGUAAUGCAUUGCGGUGGUUAUAAUACCACUAGUAUUAAUAUAUAGUGAGUGCACAUGCAGUGAUAUACAGUAAUGCAUUGCGGUGGUUAUAAUACCACUAGUAAUAAUAUAUAGUGAUUGCACAUGCAGUGAUACACAGGGAUAUUUGUGAUAUACAGUAAUGCAUUGCGGUGGUUAUAAUACCACUAGUAAUAAUAUAUAGUGGUUGCACAUGCAGUGAUACACAGGGAUAUUUGUGAUAUACAAUGCAUUAUGUGGUUAUAAUACUAUAGUAUUAAUAUAUAGUGAGUGCACAUGCAGUGAUACACAGGAUAUUUGUGAUAUACAGUAAUGCAUUGCGGUGGUUAUAAUACCACUAGUAAUAAUAUAUAGUGAUUGCACAUGCAGUGAUACACAGGGAUAUUUGUUAUAUACAGUAAUGCAUUGCGAUGGUUAUAAUACCACUAGUAAUAAUAUAUAGUGAUUGCACAUGCAGUGAUACACAGGGAUGUUUGUGAUAUACAGUAAUGCAUUGCGGUGGUUAUAAUACCACUAGUAAUAAUAUAUAGUGAUUGCACAUGCAGUGAUACACAGGGAUAUUUGUUAUAUACAGUAAUGCAUUGCGAUGGUUAUAAUACCACUAGUAAUAAUAUAUAGUGAUUGCACAUGCAGUGAUACACAGGGAUAUUUGUGAUAUACAGUAAUGCAUUGCGGUGGUUAUAAUACCACUAGUAAUAAUAUAUAGUGAUUGCACAUGCAGUGAUACACAGGGAUGUUUGUGAUAUACAGUAAUGCAUUGCGGUGGUUAUAAUACCACCAGUAAUAAUAUAUAGUGAUUGCACAUGCCGUGAUACACAGGGAUAUUUGUGAUUAUACAGUAAUGCAUUGCGGUGGUUAUAAUACCACUAGUAUUAAUAUAUAGUGAGUGCACAUGCAGUGAUAUACAGUAAUGCAUUGCGGUGGUUAUAAUACCACUAGUAAUAAUAUAUAGUGAUUGCACAUGCAGUGAUACACAGGGAUAUUUGUGAUAUACAGUAAUGCAUUGCGGUGGUUAUAAUACCACUAGUAUUAAUAUAUAGUGGUUGCACAUGCAGUGAUACACAUGGAUAUUUGUGAUAUACAGUAAUGCAUUGCGGUGGUUAUAAUACCACUAGUAUUAAUAUAUAGUGAGUGCACAUGCAGUGAUACACAGGGAUAUUUGUGAUAUACAGUAAUGCAUUGCGAUGGUUAUAAUACCACUAGUAAUAAUAUAUAGUGAUUGCACAUGCAGUGAUACACAGGGAUAUUUGUGAUAUACAGUAAUGCAUUGCGAUGGUUAUAAUACCACUAGUAAUAAUAUAUAGUGAUUGCACAUGCAGUGAUACACAGGGAUAUUUGUGAUAUACAGUAAUGCAUUGCGGUGGUUAUAAUACCACUAGUAAUAAUAUAUAGUGGUUGCACAUGCAGUGAUACCCGGGUGGUAUUUGUUAUAUACAGUAAUGCAUUGCGGUGGUUAUAAUACCACUAGUAAUAAUAUAUAGUGAUUGCACAUGCAGUGAUACCUGGGUGGUAUUUGUUAUAUACAGUAAUGCAUUGCGGUGGUUAUAAUACCACUAGUAAUAAUAUAUAGUGAUUGCACAUGCAGUGAUACACAGGGAUAUUUGUGAUAUACAGUAAUGCAUUGCGGUGGUUAUAAUACCUCCAGUAAUAAUAUAUAGUGAUUACACAUGCAGUGAUACACAGGGAUAUUUGUGAUAUACAGUAAUGCAUUGCGGUGGUUAUAAUACCACUAGUAAUAAUAUAUAGUGAUUGCACAUGCAGUGAUACACAGGGAUGUUUGUGAUAUACAGUAAUGCAUUGCGGUGGUUAUAAUACCACUAGUAAUAAUAUAUAGUGGUUGCACAUGCAGUGAUACACAGGGAUGUUUGUGAUAUACAGUAAUGCAUUGCGGUGGUUAUAAUACCACCAGUAAUAAUAUAUAGUGGUUGCACAUGCAGUGAUACACAGGGAUAUUUGUGAUAUACAGUAAUGCAUUGCGGUGGUUAUAAUACCACUAGUAUUAAUAUAUAGUGAUUGCACAUGCCGUGAUACACAGGGAUGUUUGUGAUAUACAGUAAUGCAUUGCGGUGGUUAUAAUACCACUAGUAAUAAUAUAUAGUGAUUGCACAUGCAGUGAUACACAGGGAUGUUUGUGAUAUACAGUAAUGCAUUGCGGUGGUUAUAAUACCACUAGUAAUAAUAUAUAGUGGUUGCACAUGCAGUGAUACACAGGGAUAUUUGUGAUAUACAGUAAUGCAUUGCGGUGGUUAUAAUACCACUAGUAUUAAUAUAUAGUGAUUGCACAUGCCGUGAUACACAGGGAUGUUUGUGAUAUACAGUAAUGCAUUGCGGUGGUUAUAAUACCACUAGUAUAAUAUAUAGUGAUUGCACAUGCAGUGAUACACAGGGAUAUUUGUGAUAUACAGUAAUGCAUUGCGGUGGUUAUAAUACCACUAGUAAUAAUAUAUAGUGAGUUGCACAUGCAGUGAUACACAGGGAUAUUUGUGAUAUACAGUAAUGCAUUGCGGUGGUUAUAAUACCACUAGUAUUAAGAUAUAGUGAUUGCACAUGCAGUGAUACACAGGGAUAUUUGUGAUAUACAGUAAUGCAUUGCGGUGGUUAUAAUACCACUAGUAUUAAUAUAUAGUGAUUGCACAUGCAGUGAUACACAGGGAUAUUUGUGAUAUACAGUAAUGCAUUGCGGUGGUUAUAAUACCACUAGUAAUAAUAUAUAGUGAUUGCACAUGCAGUGAUACACAGGGAUAUUUGUGAUAUACAGUAAUGCAUUGCGGUGGUUAUAAUACCACUAGUAUUAAUAUAUAGUGGUUGCACAUGCAGUGAUACACAGGGAUAUUUGUGAUAUACAGUAAUGCAUUGCGGUGGUUAUAAUACCACUAGUAUUAAUAUAUAGUGAUUGCACAUGCAGUGAUACACAGGGAUAUUUGUGAUAUACAGUAAUGCAUUGCGAUGGUUAUAAUACCACUAGUAUUAAUAUAUAGUGAUUGCACAUGCAGUGAUACACAGGGAUAUUUGUGAUAUACAGUAAUGCAUUGCGAUGGUUAUAAUACCACUAGUAAUAAUAUAUAGUGAUUGCGCAUGCAGUGAUACACAGGGAUAUUUGUGAUAUACAGUAAUGCAUUGUGGUGGUUAUAAUACCACUAGUAAUAAUAUAUAGUGAUUGCACAUGCAGUGAUACACAGGGAUAUUUGUGAUAUACAGUAAUGCAUUGCGAUGGUUAUAAUACCACUAGUAAUAAUAUAUAGUGAUUGCACAUGCAGUGAUACACAGGGAUAUUUGUGAUAUACAGUAAUGCAUUGCGGUGGUUAUAAUACCACUAGUAAUAAUAUAUAGUGGUUGCACAUGCAGUGAUACACAGGGAUAUUUGUGAUAUACAGUAAUGCAUUGCGGUGGUUAUAAUACCACUAGUAAUAAUAUAUAGUGAUUGCACAUGCAGUGAUACCUGGGUGGUAUUUGUUAUAUACAGUAAUGCAUUGCAGUGGUUAUAAUACCAGUAGUAAUAAUAUAUAGUGGUUGCACAUGCAGUGAUACACAGGGAUGUUUGUGAUAUACAGUAAUGCAUUGCGGUGGUUAUAGUGACCAGCAGUAACGUCUGCAUAUAGUGAUGUUCUUGAUGUUACAGGCAUUGCUAGUGAUGUCAUCACUGUUAAAGGAUAUUGAUGCUACUAAUGUAUACUUAUAAUGUCACAGAUAAGUAUGUGCACACAUCUGUGCUUUUGUUGACAAUGGUGGAUAAGUGCUGAGUUGCUUAUGUGCUUAUAGUGCGUUUGUGAGAUAGAGGCUUGUUUUACUGCGUGCUUGUGCACAGUCUAUUUUGAUAUCCGAGAGCAGAAUUUAUAGCUGAAUCGGCAGAAUUCAGAAAUGUUUGAUGUUUAAGAACAUAAUUUACAAAUAUAAAUGCCUUGUUGAAGGUUAGAUUUUCACUGGAGAUCACUGAUAUGCCCGUGAUGUCAGGGAUAUGCUUAAUAUAAUAAACGUUACAAAGGUAGCCAGGCCAUGUCCAAAAGUGUUAAUGAUAAAAAGGGAUUUAUAGACAACACCAACUGAGAUUGCUUUGCUGUCAUGCAAGUGAUAUCAGUGUACAUUGUAUCUAUUUAAGUUGUAAACUGUAUUUCGUUACUGAAAAUAAAAAUAAAAUGUGCCUGUGUUAUGUGAUUACUCACCUUGCUUUAUGUCAGACUUAUUAUUUUUAAUUACAUUUUCCCAGCACUGUAAAAUUUGUAAAUAAAACUGCAGUUGAUAAUGACAAACAAAUGUUACGGCCCAGGCUUGGAAUAUGUAAACAAUAGCUGCAGUGUAUAAAGGGUGAUGUGGUUGUAAAAGGCAGUGGGAUGGCAAGUUGAUGAGAUGUGCUUCACUGAACCAUGAUGCCACCGUGACGUUUGCCCACAGGGCCUGGUUUGUAGAGUUUCAGGCGUUGUUAUGGUUGGCAGUAGGUCGUACUGAAUAUUGCCACCUGAAUAGAUCUUAUUAAUGACGAAAGAAGACCGUUUUCAUAUGUUUGUAUUAAUUGUGCGCUGCAGACUGUUUCAGCUAUGAUUGUAGUACAAGCUAUUUGGUUAUAUAGCAGGCAAGAAGUAAAUUGAGAAAAGAAAAAUGCCCCCGGUGGAUUAGGUAGGUUGUACACUGUGUAGCAGUCUUGUCAUUUUGGGGGAGGUAUUGCAUUUGAUUUGUCCCCAAAUCACACAUUGAAGGAGCGUGUUCUGUUUUGUGCUUUGAAUGCUCUGUGUCUUCGUUACGCUUUUCUUCUUUGGAAAGAGUGGUGUGGGGGGGGGGAAAAUCUGUUUAUAUAUAAAGGGUGUGUCAAUGGAAAUCCUGUAAUUCUACAUUCCUACGUGCACUCAAAUAAGUACCUCUUAACACACCUGCAGGGUAAGAGUAGUUUGUGCACCACCCAAAAUUCUUCCAAACUUUCCUUUUUAGGGUAUGAACUGGAUUCUCCUACCUCACUUUGUCUCCAGUUAGUUUGCAUACUACACAUGUAUCUGUUGCCCCAUCUCUAGGGAUUCUUCUGCCCAAGUCAAUAACUCCCCUGUCUUUCUUCUCUAAGGGCCAUCUCACCUCCAGAACAUGCUAUUCAUGUUUACAUUCCAUAUUUAUCUUCUUUUUUUUAAUUACAGUUCUGUAAACAGAUUAUCAGAUUUUAUUACCACAAUGACAAUUAGUAAACUUGCAGAUUAGUCGUACACGAAUGCCUCACUCAAAUCUCCCACUGGAAUAUUACUGUGAAAUGCAAUUCAAGAUUCAGUAUGCAAUCCCUUCAAGAUGAUUUGCCAGCAGAAGCUUUUGGAACUAAAAAAAUAAAAUGAAAGCCAAUAAAAGUCUGAAAUCAUCUGGAUGGCAAACUGAUAUAAGAAUGUAAAAUUUCCAUAAAUAGACAGAGAAAUCAAGCAAACAUUAACCUUUAUUCCAUGAAUGUGAUAUAUUUAUAGGCCUGACGCUUGCGAUAGGAAACACUCUUAUUUCUGUCUAGCCAUCUUCACAUUAAAAUACAGUGAAUUAUAUCAAAUUAAACGAGUACAUAGGUUUGAGCUAUUAUAUUUUCUUUGAAUAAGCUAGUGUAAUAAAAUAAAUUAUUGCCAAAUUGGUAAAAUAAAAACAUGCACCUAUUAAAUGCUCUGUACUCUUAAAGAAAACUCACCAAAACACCAUAACUAUGACAGCAUGAUUUAGUGGUUAUGGUGCCAGGAGUACCCUGACAUUCAGUAGUGUAACUAGCCAACCGUUUUAGAAAGUUGACUUUUUAUCUGGUGCCGCUCCUCAUCUCUCUGCAGCCUCCAGAACCCCUUUACCUUGGCUAGCCCUGGCGAUGCAGGGCUUUGCUUAUUGGGGGAGAGCUAUAGAAAUUUCUCAGCCAGUUAUUAGCCCUGGAGAGCCAGAACCCCUUUACCUUGGCUAGCCCCGGCGGUGCAGGGCUUAGCUUAUUGGUGGAGAGCUAUAGAAAUUACUCAGCCCAUCACCCCCACAACACUAACACGAGUUUAAGAUCUCAUUAUUGAAUCUGUGUAGGAGAUGAGGGGUGCGGUACCAACAGGCCAGCAGCUUGGAAUUGAUUUCCUGUGUGCAAGAGCGGAUGGAGGCUUUAUUAAUUGUUCCUCUGAGGGGACAAUCGCAGGUCAUUUUCAUUUUGCGACAAAUCCGGGAAGCACAGAGGCUAUUUGUGCAGAGCAACUGGUAUUUAAGACUGAGACGCAUCGGGCUAAUCUUUUUCCAAGUAUGGCAAUAGAAUUUGAUGGUAGAGGGCUGCCUGUGGAGAUUGCUUUAGGGGGAUAGCGAAUUUAUAGAAGUGAGUAAUUUGAAAAUUGUGGAGUCUAUGUAUACUUGCGGCAUACCAAGGGCCUAUGCUUAGAAAGGCUAAGUUUGGGGGAUAGGUGCCUGUGGGGAAAUCAGGGUUUUGUGUCAGUUGGAAUAUAGGGCCUGGAAUGGUAGUAAAGUUGUGUUUAAGUCCGCAUUUAAUCUAAACUUUAAGAGUUGAGCCGAUAAAUGGGUGGUACAGAACAGACCUUCUUCUUGUUGCGGUAGAUCGUUGCUGGCAAUGAGCCGCUGGAUUCCUCUAAAUCCUGGUUAAUCUGGUGGGCAUGUGGAGGGGUGGACAUACCUAACCAUUAGUCUCAAAAGGUGGGCUGCCUCAUAGUGUUAAAAGGGAAACUCUAGUGCUAGACAUACCAAGUUGUAUUCCUAGCUCUAUAGAGCUCCCUCACAGUACAGAAAGGGCUAAGGACACUUCUAUCAAUUACUCAAAUCCUCAGCUUCUCCUCCCCUGGUGCCAAUGUUGGAGACCUACUGCGUAUGCGCGGAAAUUGCCUCGCUCGCAUUGGGCCUACCCAUAGGAAAGCAUUGAAUCAAUGAGCUGAAGUGAUAUGGGUGCCUAUCUAUAGUGUCUCUCUAAUGGGGGAAGGGAGACCAGCUCCCCCUAGUGUCUCGUCAAACAUGGGUGUUCCAGGCUCUGUGCCUCCUUAUGAAUGUGCGUAUUGCGUAGGUCACGAAGGAGAAGAAUGUAUGCGGUACGGUUAUAUGGUAUGAUUUGAAGGAGAUACAAUAAAUACAUCUUACUCAUCACUUGAUUUUGAUUGUUUCUACAAGUUGCAAUACUCUACUGCUCAUUAUUUGUAUUGCUCGUCCUGAUGCUCACAGAUUACUGUAUACACAGCUACGGGAAAAGCAUGUUUGUUAACAGAUUUUAGACAAAAUGCUGCAGACGCAUAAAUCUACAUUUACAGACCAUUUCCAAAGUUUCUGACUGCUUGGAGUUUGCAGAAUUGUUUGUGUCCCUCUAAAUCUGGCCAAUGAGGAUGACAAAGUUCAAACUGUUAGUGUUGACUUAAGAGUCGAUAUUUUAGGAAUAAAGUUCAGUGCAUGCAGUUACUGUAAAGGGAAUGAUUGUACGUUUAAUUCGGAGAGGGAAAGGAAUGGAGCUGUUGACAUUAAGGUACAAAUUAGAUAACUUUUUUUGCGCUUAGCAAGCAGUGCUCAUCAUACUAUUGCGUCGAAUUCUAGGCUGGGAAAUCUGUGGAAAAGCAAAGUCUGGAUAAGGAUGAUGGGAGUGUAGUCCACUGCCAGCCCAGACAAAUGUCUUUGCAUUGUGGGCUGGAGUUCAGCUGUUCGCAGUAGCAUUCUGCUUGAUCAUAGGGAAAGCUCCUAGGCCGCGAGUAUAACUCUGGCUUUCUGAAUAUAUUUCUUUUUCUUUUUUUACCAAUAUCAGCAGUGCUCCAUGAGUGCAGAGUGCUUGCUUGUGACUGAACUAUUACGUAAUAUCUGCUCUUUUUGCAUCUUUGGCUGCAUGGGGUUGAUAGGAAUUGUAGUCUACCAACAAUAGCAUCCUGAGAGAGUGUUCAAACCUAAGCUAGUCGCCAGGAAAGGCUGGAAAGUGACAUGUUCCGUGACAGAGCCUGCACCUGGCACUUGUGCCCGAGGGGAUCUCCGUAAUGAGCUCACCCACGUUCUGUCUUACUGAGUGUGUAUUAACAUCCUUAUACACCUAGAACUGUGACUGCAGCCAGAUAGAUUAGUACUUUACAAAUGAAAUAUGCAGCAGGCAUGCUUGAAAGGAUGAGAUAACGUUUCCCAUUUGAUCAUAAUGCAUGAGUAUAUUUUACACUUGUAUGGAGGUAGCAGUUUAUUUUUUAUUUUUUUUUAAUGUUAUUUUUUUUAUACGUUAUCUCUCCUCCCUCGUUCAUAUCUAUGUUUAGCUCAUGUCUCGGUUAAUCUCAUAAAUCACAGAACUCUUCCCUUAAUGGCUUAUAAAAAUUGAUGAGGAAAUUGCAGUUUAAGGAGAAAAUAGCCUAAUGAGCUAUGAACUAUGCCAAACGAUAUCCAGAAGGUUAAAGUUCUAUUAAAAAGGCUUAUUUGAAUGUGGACUUUGUCAUUAUACCUUCUUAAAAUUGAUCAGGUUUAAGUAGAUGAUCUUUAGAAAUGUUUUUAAAGCCUAGAGAUUAGGGAUCGACCAAUAUUGAUUUUUUUUUUUAGAGCCGAUACCGAUUAUCUGUGAACUUUCAGGCCAAUACCCGAUAAUUUACCGAAAUUCUGUACAUUUACCAUUUUGAAAAAAUAAACUAUUUCUAAAGGCACAAAAUAUACAUGUCACAUGUAGUGGAUGUAGUGUUUAGACAGGGGAGCUGUGUGUGUGUGUAGUGGAUGCAGUGUGUAUUUGUGUAGUGUGUGUAGUGGAUGCAGUGUGUAUUUGUGUAGUGUGUAUAGUGAAUGCAGUGUUUAUGUAAUGUGUAUAUAGUGAAUGCAGUGUUUAUGUAAUGUGUAUAUAGUGAAUGCAGUGUGUGUGUUUGUGUAGGGUGUGUAUAGUGAAUGCAGUGUGUGUGUAUAUACUAAAUGCAAAAUGUGUGUUUGUGUAGUGUGUUUAUAUAAUGCAGUGUGUGUGUCUGUGCGUGUUUGUGUAGUGUGUUUUAUAUAAUGCAGUGUGUGUGUGUGUUUGUGUAGUGUGCAUUAUAUAAACACACUGCAUUAUAUACACAGUGUGUUUGUGUAGUGUGUGUAUAUAAUGCAGUGUGUGUGUUUGCGUAAGUAUGUAAUUUGGGGGCAGGGGGCACUUUUUAUUUACCUUUUUUUUUUUUUAUAUUUAUUAUUGUAAUUUAUUUAGUCUCUCCCCCACCCGCCUCCCUGCUUCCUACUUGGCCAGGGAGGGGGCAUACAGCAUUCCCUGGUGGUCCAGUGGCAUGGAAAGUACAGAGGGGGCCCGCAACAGGCGCUUACUUACCUUCCCAGCGGCUCCCUUCAGCUCCCCUGUGUAAAUCGCGCUGCCGGUGCGGAGUGUUGCCAUGGUAACCCAUAGCAACGCUCUGAUGGUUGCGGAACUCGCAAGAUUUACACAGGGAGCUGAAGGGAGCUGCUGGGAAGGUAAAUAAGCGCUUGCCACCCUCUCAUGAUAAUAGUCAGUGUAGGACCCACCUGAGAGGUUUGCCUUGACGUGGCAGGUGGGCAUUCCCUCUCAUGAUAAUAGUCAGUGUAGGACCCACCUGAGAGGUUUGCCUUGACGUGGCAGGUGGGCAUUCCCUCUCAUGAUAAUAGUCAGUGUAGGACCCACCUGAGAGGUUUGCCUUGACGUGGCAGGUGGGCAUUUCCUCUCAUGGUAAUAGUCAGUCUAGGACCCACCUGAGAGGUUUGCCUUGAGGUGGCAGGUGGGCAUUCCCUCUAAUGAUAAUAGUCAGUGUAGGACCCACCUGAGAGGUUUGCCUUGACGUGGCAGGUGGGCAUUUCCUCUCAUGGCCAUUGGAGAAACGAAAUAACCUCCAUUGGUUAAAAUAUACAUAGGUAUUUGAGAAGAGCGCAGGUAACUUUUUUCUUUGUGUUUUACUGUAUGUAUUGGGCCUGAUGUGUACUAUAGUCGUUGCUGCCGCCCAAGAGUAGUGGGAGUUUGAGCGCAGGACUUGUUUUUUGUAUUAAUAAUUACAUAUGUCACUGUGAAGUUAAUUUUCCUUUCCUUAUGCCCGUAGUAUCAUAAUGAUAUGUUGCCAAAGAUGCACUCUACAUAAAAAGCCUUACUGUUUCUUUAUUUUUCUUAUUAUUAGAAAUAAACAAAUGGUUAAUUAAAACACAACGUAAGAGUCAUUGCAUUGUUUUAUUUGCACCUGCAGUGUUUUAGGAAAAAUCACUACAACCCUCGCCCGCCCAGUGAUGUCACAGGGAGAAGCAGAUUAAUAUUCAUUAAAUAUAAUUACUGUUUUCAUCUAUGUAAAUUCAGCCGGAAUUAACAUGUAGAGAUCGGUCUGUGUCUUGAAAUGACCUCACCAUUUUAAAAUCCUUAGUGACCAUUAAUGAGCAGAACAGGCUGACGUGAUCGUGUGAUGUCAACAGCCAAUCAGAGUCUCUAUUUUGCAGAGCAUCACUGGAAUUGUAGUUCUUCACCAGCUUUAGGACUGUUACCCCAUUUCUAACGCAGUUUUCAUUUUAUCCACCCACCUAAAAGCUCCUAAGAUGUCCUCAAUAAUGUAAUUAUCUUUGGGGAUUUUAUCUGGUCAGACCAUAUCAAUUUAUCAACAUGAUUUAAUAAGCUAUAUUAAUGAUUAUUAUUGAUUAUUUUACUAAAAUCUUAAUUCUAGAGACUUGGCCAAUGAAUUGUAAAUCUAAACUCAAAUAGUUCCUGCAGAGAUGGCAAGUUUUGGGUACAAAUAACUGAAUUGCCAGCUAUGCUUUGCGUUUCAUAUUUUGGUUCAGUUUGAAUUUCACUAUAAAUACCUGACAGUUAUGAUUUAAUGAAUUUUAGUUUUUAUUCAGAUUUUAUACAUCUUUCAAUAUUGGUCUCAGAGUAGAGCAUCUUAAGAAACGUUCGUUAAAGUCUAGAUAAUGAUUGCGUUACCCGAUCUCCCAAGGUGUGGCAUCUAAUGUAGUAUGGAGAAGCAUCAGAUGUCAUUUAUAAACUCCGGCCUUAAUGAUGAUGAGUAAUAUGUGAAGGUAAUAUCCUGACGGAAUUGAAAGAUAAUGAACCAUGAAUUGACCAUAAAAUGAGCAGAAGUCUCUGGUCUUGCUAUUUAACCACCCACAGUGUGAAUGUUACUCUGCAAUUAUUCUGUCUCAAGUAGCAAGAACGAAUCUAAUUAAACAAACAAAAAUACAUUUCAUCUUGGAGAAGGGUAAGCUGUUCAUGAUGGGAAUAUCAUUUCAUUUUUAUAUACCUUUUAUAUUUUAACAUUUAGCUUCUGCCCAGAGAAGAAAUAGCAGUAGAUAAAAACCAAAGAAAAAAAAAGUUACUUGCGCUCUCUCCUUAAUCCCUUUGUAUAUUUAAACAAAUGGAAGUCCUUUAGUUACUCCAAUGGCUAUUGGAGGGAAUGCCCGUCUGCCAACGUCAAGGCAGACCCCCCCCAGGGCAGGUCCUACACUGACCUUUCACCUUGCCUUCUUGAGCUUCUGGAAAAGAUAUCUCUAACGAGACAGAGAGGGGUAUUUUUUUUAUAUACACCCCUACAUGCUUAUUAACCCUUAAUAGGGAACAAAUGGGAUGGGCAGCAGCAUUGCAACAUAGCUGUGUAAUACAAAAAGAAAAGUCCUGUGCUCACUCCCAUCACUCUUGGGCGGCAGCAACGACCACGGUACACAUCAGCCCCAAUACAUACAAAGAAAAAAAACUUACCUGCGCUGUCUCCUUAAUAUAACUCUGCCAUGUGUCAUGCGAGUUUAUAGUUUCACAUCCACUUCUGGGAUACUGUUUUGGCCGUACCUGCUUUUUAGUGUGUACUAAUUAAGACAGAUAUCUGAGUAUAUGUCAGGAAACGAUUCUCCGUUUAUUAAGAUAAGGGAAUCAUGAGAGGCCCAUUAAUUAAUCAGCUUUCUUUCUUACAGAUAUUGAUUCAUUGACUUGUAUAUCUCGAAUUGUGAUUCUGUGCAACCCAUGCUGGACCUUGCUUGGUAUCCGCUUGACACUGGAACUCCCAAGGAACAUGCUUUUCAUUUGCCUUGCCUCCUUAUCUUCUCGAGGUCUAUUUUUGUGUUAACAAAAGAAUAUUAAUUCCGUACUAUGUGGUUUCCAACUCUCUGUAAAGAUCCCCUGGCAGGGUAAAAAACUGCAACCUCUAUACGAAAUAGAUAGUAUAUAUGUGCAGUUAUAGGGACGAGGAAAGAGCUGCAGAAAAGUGUUUUGGUGUUUGUUUGUGUGUGUUUUGGUUUUAUGGACAUUUAUAAGUUUCUGGUAUGUGUUGAACCAGGUGAGGUGAUGAAAAAGCAAACAGGCAUCUAAGUGACCGUUUUGCAGGGAAAAUAGAAAUAUAUUCUUAGGCAGGACAUAUGCAGCCAUUUAUUUAUUUUAUUUUCAUUUAUUUAUUUUUGACAACUUAUUUAUCUGAGAUUUGUCUAGUUCAUCUAAAAGUUAUAACUUUUUGGAAAAGUGGAAAUAGAAAUCUGAGACGUGAUGUGGUAGGUGCAUUUAUACCUCCUGCUGCUGGUCUACGGAUGCUAACAAAUCACCGUAAUAUUAGUAAGUAAGUCAGUAUGAGAUUAUAGCUAUAAAUAAUUUAGUCCGAUUCCUUACUAAAGGAAAUCUGACUCUUUACACAAAGUUCAAAUGUUUUGGGGAUUUAUUUGCAAAACGUUGAAUGGAGGGAAACACAAAACAAGAUUGCAAACUCUGGCUAAAUAGCCAAUAAAAACCCAGACUGAGCGAAGGGGUUUCCUUCCUAAUUAGCAGCCUAACUCUUUUUGUUAUUUAUGUGUAGGUAUUUUGUAGUUUACUGUAUAACGAAUAUCCCUUUGGAUUGUUGCCUGUAGGUUUUGGUGUAAUAAGAUGUAUUUCUAUAAAUAUUUUGUGUAAGUUAUGUAAAGUUUAGCUGGUAGGAGAUCUCCCUGUGUUCGGCUGUUUUGAGGCCGCAUUCUUUGCCUUGACGUGUGUAAUUGAAUCACAAUUUUUAAACCUUCACUGACUGUUUUUAAAAAAACAAACAAAAAAACUGUUAAUCAGUAUCUGUGAUUUGCAGAGAAACUCCCAGCUUCGCACUCUGCACAGAAACAUAUAAUCAGGGGGGGAUCUUUUAAAUGUCCCCUGAUGUCUUAUCUCAAUCUCAGUCUGGAUGCAGUGGCCGUUUAGUCGAUACAGCUAUGUUUACAUUGCAAUAUUAAAUGAAUACUAUAAAACAUGUAUUCCUAAUACUAUAUUAAGGUGACCGGGCCCCUCACAAUGAAUUUAAGCAGUGUUUUACCUUUUCUCCGUUGCCACGCUGGUCUUGAUGCGGCUGGCCCUGCCUCCAUGCCGGAGAUCAUCAAUAUUGAGAGCCAGGUAAAAGCAAAUAAGCUAUAGCUUAGGAUGUCCUUUUAAAGGAAUAAAAAAAUGAAUUAACCACAACAGCUUAUAAUUUAUUUCUGCACUCAAAACUAGUUUUUAAGCUUCUUGCCUUAUGGCACUCACUGCCCGGUAAAUCGUAUGACGCACUGCCCGGUAAAUCGUAUGACGCACUGCCCGGUAAAUCGUAUGACGCACUGCCCGGUAAAUCGUAUGACGCACUGCCCGGUAAAUCGUAUGACGCACUGCCCGGUAAAUUGUAUCGCGCACUGCCCGGUAAAUCGUAUCGCGCACUGCCCGGCAAAUCGUAUGACGCACUCCCCAGUAAAUCGUAUCGCGCACUGCCUGGUAAAUCGUAUGACGCACUGCCCGGUAAACCGUAUGAUGCACUGCCGGUAAACUGUAUCGCGCACUGCCCGGUAAACUGUAUCGCGCGCUGCCCGGUAAACCGUAUGACGCGCUGCCCGGUAAACCGUAUGACGCGCUGCCCGGUAAACCGUAUGACGCACUGCCCCGGUAAAUCGUAUGACGCACUGCCCGGUAAAUUGUAUCGCGCACUGCCCGGUAAAUCGUAUCGCGCACUGCCCGGCAAAUCGUAUGACGCACUCCCCGGUAAAUCGUAUCGCGCACUGCCUGGUAAAUCGUAUGACGCACUGCCCGGUAAACCGUAUGAUGCACUGCCGGUAAACUGUAUCGCGCGCUGCCCGGUAAACUGUAUCGCGCGCUGCCCGGUAAACCGUAUGACGCGCUGCCCGGUAAACCGUAUGACGCACUGCCCCGGUAAAUCGUAUGACGCACUGCCCCGGUAAAUCGUAUGACGCACUGUCAGGUAAAUCGUAUGACGCACUGCCCCUGUAAAUCGUAUGACGCACUGCCCCUGUAAAUCGUAUGGCGCACUGCCCCUGUAAAUCGUAUGACGCACUGCCCCUGUAAAUCGUAUGGCGCACUGCCCCUGUAAAUCGUAUGGCUGUAGUUAACUGUAGUUAGUGACACAGAAUAUAUUUGUUUAUAUAAAUGCUAAUACUGAACGCCAGACAGUAUUACAAUGUGUACCGGGACUAUUCAGUAAAUUUUGUAUAUCUGUGUCCUAAGUAUUCCCUCUCUUUUGCAACAUGACCUUUUAAAAGCCAAAUAUGAAGACAGGCUAAUUGCUCAGAUGUAUUAUUCAGUAACUAGCUGGGAUCAUUGUUUGAGUCCAUUGUUUAUUGUUAAUUCUCUGGAUGCUGCAUGGCACAUUCUUAACGUCUUUCUGACGUGUAUUGUUAAUUCUUAGAUGCCUUGUGCUAUUGGACUCUUCUUCUGACAUCCACAGUUGUAUACGUAGGCAUGGUUUCCUAAAUUUCCCCUGUAUGCUGGGCUUGCAAGAAGGCCAACACACCUGUAAAAUAAUUUCUGAAUUAUAUCUCAGUCCCAGAAACUCUUGUGUCUUUCUUUACUUAAUUUGCAUUGUUAGAGUAUGCUAAUACAUGCAGCCACUCACCCACCCCAAAGAAAAAGGAAAAAAAACAGAAUAACAAUAAAACAAAAUGUGGUCUUAACAUUAGACGUGGGGGCCUCUCUAUUAAAUUCAUUUAAUAUUUGACUCAGUUGACUCGAUCGUGAUAGUCCAGUGCUUUGCUGUGGAGUCGGCAUACUUUGCAUACUGAGGCUGGAUGUAAAACUGAUUCACUCUCUUAAUGUGGCUCUUUCUAUGGAAAAUAUAUUCAAUUAUUGGAUUUAUUUCUGCUGAAUUAUAUUGGGCAUAGCUAAAUGUAAACAUUGUUGUUUCUCAGAAAUGGCGCUGUUUAGAAAGUGACAAAGAGGCAUCAUCUUUGCUCCAAAAUCACUUGAUUUAGAUGAAGUGGUUAUGGUGGUUAUAUUGUCCCUUUAAACGGCGUUUCUCUAGCUCACAUUUCAUGUAGAGGCCGUAAGAUAAUGCAGUGAAGUAAAAUGUAUGCUGUACCAGCGCUUUGACCCUUACAUGAAUUGGUGUCCCUUUUAAAGCUCAGAAAAUAUCAUCUAUACGUUUUGUUAUCCAAAUUUCUACAAAAAUUAUACAUGGAAAUAUCUUUUGUACAUUGCUUUUGGCACAGAAGGUCAGGUCUUAUCUAACGAUGGACAGAGCAGUUGUAUAACAGCCAUCCGGCUCCCACAAAUCACUAGGAGCAGUGUACGUGUAUGGGAUUAUAUUUUAGGCUAUACUCUUGCUGACCAUGAUUUUUGGGUAAGACCAUUUCAUGUUAACCUUUUAUUUAUUUUUUUACAGUGUUCCAAAUUAUAUACAUUGCAGUAGCCUGGCGACCUGUUCCUCAAUUGUAAAUGAUGUCCGUGGCUGGUUUUCAGUUGUGGUAUAAUAUGUUAAAUUCAGCAGGCCUUUAUCCUACUCUCUCAAGUACCGUUAGGGUUCCUAAAAUAAGACAAUCUAUGCUUAUUGUAUGUAUUGUCUGAGUGUUCCUGUAUUUUAAAUUAAUUCAUUAUUAGAUAUUUUAGAAUUUUAAAGUACCUUUUACCUUUCUCUGUUCUUUUCCUCUCAGAAUCCAUUCUUAUUUUUCUUUCUGAUAUAUUUCUCUUUAAAACAUAAGACAAAGUGGGGACUACUUGUCUUAUGUAUUUUUCCUACGCUUGGGAAUUGUGACAAAAAGAAUAGCUUAAAGGAAAUCUAUAGUGUUAGAAAUUCAACGCUGUAUAGUGCCCCCUCCAUUACAGCCCCCUGUGUGGCUCAUAAAGGGAUAAAUAUCCCUUAAUUAACUUACCUGAUUCUAGCGCCGAUGUCCUCAGUGCUGGGUGGCUGUCUGCCUCCUCCAACGUCACGCCAAUGGGGAGACCUAAUACACAUGCACAGUGAGCGCCGCACGCGUAUUAAGCCUUCCCAGUGGAAAGCAUUGCCUCAAACUCUGGGAAACUCCAGGAAUCGCCACUAGAGGCAGUCUUAGUACUGCAAUGUUAACAGCGUCUCUAAAAUGAUUUACAUUGCAGUAAUAAGAAGGGCAGGGACAUUGCACCCAGAAAAAUUCAAUAAAUUAUAUGGGGCGUAGCUAAAUGUAAACAGUGUUGUUUCUCCAAAUUGGCACGUGGUGCCUAUAGUGUCCCUUUAAGGCCAGCUCCACUUCCUUUGUCAAACAAAUCUUGAUUUAAUCUCCACCCUUUGUCAAGAUUGCCAAGUGUGAGAAAAUUACACAAGACAACGUAGUCCCUAUUCUGUCCUAUGUCUUAAAGAGAAAUGGAUCCGAAAUGAAGAAUAGAAGAACAGAUUCUAAAGGUGAAAGCAAAGGAAAAAGUUACCUGCGCUCUCUCCUUAAUCCCUAUGUGUUUUUAAACAAAUUGAGUUUUUUAGUUACCUCCAAUGGCCAUGAGAGGAUAAGCCCACCUGCCAACGUCAAGACAGACCCCCGUAGAUGGGUCCUACUCUGACCCUUCACCUUGCUUCCUCGAGCUUCUGGCACAGAUAUAUCUAACGAGACAGAGAGGGGUAUUUUUAUAUACAUCCCUACAUGCUUAUUAACCCUUAAUAGGGAACACAUGGGAUGGGCGGCAGCAUUGCAACAUAGCUGUGUGAUACAAAGUAAAUACAAAUACAAAGAAACUAGUCAAACUCCCAUUACUCCUGGGCGGCAGCAAUGACCAUAGUACACAUCAGCCAAAAUACAUGAAGUAAAAACCAUGGCCAUUGGAGGGAACUAAAAACCUCCAUUUGUUUAAAAAUACAAAGGGAUGUGGAAAGAGCGCAGGUAACUUUUUUCUUUGGUUUUUACUAUAUGUAUUUUGGCUGAAGUGCACUAUGGUCGCUGCUGCCGCCGAGGAGUAAUGGGAGUUUGAGCGCAGGACUUGUUUCUUUGUAUUUAGAUUCUAAAGGAGGAAGAGACGAGGAAACAAUAGGAGAAAUAUAAGUUUGAGGUGACAGAGCCAAUUUAAAUUUAAGGGCCAAAAUGGUAAAAUUCUCUAAGUAAGCGAUGCUUUCAAUGCGGCUACUCUGGCCAUAGAUUUGAAACUCACGUUUAAUUCUCACUUAAAUAAUGCUGACAGAGUAUACAGAUUGGUUGUUAAUCAGAGGACAGGGAAUCCAGCCAUGACUGUGUAUAGAAGGGGAAAUCCAUUUCCUUGGAAGACAGUCUGAUUAAUUAAGGACAGCGGUUAGAUAUGAGGGUGAAGAUAUACAUUUCCAUCUGUCAGAUGUUGCUGAACUACAACUCCCAUGAUUCCCUGUCUUUUUAAUUGGAAGAAUCAUGGGAGUUGUAGUUCAGCAACAUCUGGGGGGCCGCAGGUUGGACAGCCCUGAUUUAGAUAAAGUCAUCUGGAAUUGUCUGGAAAAAGAUAAUUGGCCAUUGCACACGAUCAGGGUCUCGGAGUAUCUAUCCUCUUUGAUCAUUUUGUUAGGUUCCACACGCAGGGCUCAUUGAUGGCUCAGCUGGAUUUAACCACUCUCAGCCAAUAAUUGUCAUUCAGAUUUGUCCCUUUUAUUAGUUCUUGUUUGUUAUUGUAGUUCACCAUAGGUUAUAGUUAUACUGAAGUACUUUUGUUAUGGACAGUGUGAUCUUUGGCAAUGGGCGGGGCUUAGAGUUUCAUUUCAUUGUUAAAAGGAACACUACAUACAAAUAUGUAUUCCUAACGCUAUAGAGCCCUAGUCACGGUGACUAGGGCCCUUCCGCAGCAAAUAGAUGGUUGGUUAACUGUUUAUUUGCUUACCUUAAUCCAGCGCCGGGCUUCCUUUGAACUGGUGACCUCUCCUCCUCCUUCAACGUCAUCUCCCGAGUGGAGCUGAAUGCACAUGCGCGACCAGAGGCCCGCACACAUUCAAACCUGCCCAUAGGAAGGCCUUACUCAAUGUUUUCCUAUGGGGAUCUUUUUUGACGCUGGACUCUAUGUGGACGUCCAGCGUCAAAUAAGUUCGUUUUUACUCUACUGGCUGUCAGUUUUCUCUGAAACUGCAGGGUUAAAACUAGGGGGACCUGGCACCCAGACCACUUAAUUGAGCUGAAGUGGUCUGGGUGCCUAAAGUGGUCCUUUAAGAUAAUUUUCCCAUAAUCCACUAGUGAAGAGUCCCACAGAUAUCGGCAGAGAAGGACAAAAUGGCAGCACCCAGAUAUUGGGUGGCACAAUGAAAAAAAAUAAUACAUAGAAGUGGCAUUGAAGGUCAUAUAAUAAUUAAAAUAAGACCAUGCCAUAGCAUGGGGAGAGUUGUGGUUUAUAUAAAAUAUUUCACGAAUGUAUGGAUAUUAAACUGGGGAUGGCGCCAUGGCUAAAUAAUCAGUACAGGGAAUUUGAGUGGUUGUAUUGUGUAGAGCAGCCCUUUAAAGGUACACUGUAUGCACACAUACUAUUUCAUCUAAAUUAGAGAUAUUGUGGUCUGGGUGCUCAGUUCAUCCAAAUUAGAGAUAUUGUGGUCUGGGUGCUCAGUUCAUCCAAAUUAGAGAUAUUGUGGACUGGGUGCGCAUUUCAUCCAAAUUAGAGAUAUUGUGGUCCGUGUGCUCAUUUCAUCCAAAUUAGAGAUAUUUGGCUCUGGGUGCUAUGUGUCUCUCGUAUUGAACCUGCACUGUAAAACAUUGGGAUUCUCCAGGAACGGCAAUGCUUACUUUGCAGGGUUUAAAGCAACACUAUAGGGUCCGGAACACAAACCUGUAUUCCUAACCCUACAGUGUUUAAUCCACCAUUUAGGUUGCUUGCCCCCCUUAAAAAUGCAAAGUUAUGCAGUUCGGCAUCAGGAAUGCACAAGCACCUUAUACCCUUAAUACAACACACGAGAAGGACUUGGGAAUUGUUAUAAACCACUAUGCAGCAAUGGCAAUCCGCAGUGGCUAAGGCCAGUAAGGUAUUGUCAUGCAUGAAAAAGGGCAUUCAUUCUGGGGAUGAGAAUAUCAUUUUGCCUUUUUAUAAAUCACUGGUAAGACCACACCUUGAAUAUGCUGUGCAAUUUUGGGCACCUGUUCUAAAUAAGGAUAUUAUGGCACUAGAAAAAGUGCAGAGGUGGGCUACAAAAUUGAUAAAAGGAAUGGAACAUUUUAGGAAAGGUUAACAAAUUUAAACCUCUUUAGUUUUGAAAAAACAUUGCCUCAGAGGGGAUAUAAUAAAAUUAUACAAAUAUAUUUGUGGCCAAUACAAAUAAUUGUGUACAAAUCUAUUCACAAACAGGACUUUACAUAUGACACAAGGUCAUGUGUUUAGACUGGUAGAAAGAAGAUUUAGUGUAAGCCAAAGGAAAGGUUUUUUACCGUAAGCACAAUAAGGAUGUGGAAUUCUGUGCGUGAAGUGGUGAUUUUAUCAGAGUCCAUACAGACGUUUAAACAGCAACUAGAUGCAUACUUGCAAAAACAGAAUAUUCAAUGAUAUCAUUUUUCAAUGUAGGGUAAUAACUGCUUAAUCCAAGGAUAAAUCUGACUGCCAUUCUGGGGUCAAGAGGGAAUUUUUUCCCUAGUUUGUUGCAAAAUUGGAAGUGCUUCAAACUGUUUGGUUUUUUUCCCUUCUUUUGGAUCAACAGCAAAAACCAAACGUUAAGAAGGCUGAACUUGAUGGACACAUGUCUCUUUUCAGCCUAUGUAACUAUGUAUCUUUAGCCCCCUUAGAAAAUGUUAAAACUCACCUUAUUUCCAGCACCUACCCAUAUAGAUGAAUUGAAUCAAUGUAUCUAUGAGGAAAGUUCAAUGUCUCCAUGCAGAGGGAGGAGAUACUGAAUGUCAGUCACACUGUGCAGCACUGCCCCAGGAAGCACCUCUAGCAGCCAUCUGAGGAGUGGCCAGUGGAGAUAUCCCUAAGGGAGAAUGUAAACACUGCCUUUUCUCUGAAAAGAUGCAGGAAUUGGCUAUACUCACCAGAACACAUACAAUAAGCUGUGUACCGUACAUUGUGCUAUAUACCGUACGUUGUGCUGUAUACCGUACAUUAAAGGGACACUAUAGUCACCAGAACAACUACAGCUUAAUGUAGUUGUUCUGGUGAGUAUUAUCAUUGCAUUCAGGCAUUUUCAUGCAAACUUUUCUCUGAAAAGGCAGUGUAUACAUUGACCCUAGGGACACCUCCAAGUGGCCACUCCUCAGAUGACCACUGGAGGUGUUUCCUGGGGCAGUGCUGCACAGUAGGCAGCACUGCCAUUCAGCGUCUCCACGCUGAAUUUUCCUCGUAGAGAUGCAUUGAUUCAAUGCAUCUCUAUGAGGAGGUGCUGUUUGGCCCUGCGCCCUUGCAGAUGUUAGCCAAUCCAAUGCUUUCCCUAUGGGAAAGCAUUGGAUUGGCUAAAAUUCGGCAAUUCUGAUGAUGUCACCAAAGGGGCGGGGUCAGCCCCAGCGGACAUGCGGCACUGGAAAUAAGGUGAGAUUUUUUUUUAACUUUUAAGGGGGCUAAAAGGGAGGGGGGGCUGCAAGCCACCUAAAUGGUGGGUUAAACACUAUAGGGUCAGGAAUACACAUGUGUUUCUGACCAUAUAGUGUUGCUUUCAGCUGUAUACCCUACGUUAAAGGGACACUAUAGUCACCAAAACAACUUUAGCUUAAGGAAGCUGUAUUAAUGUAUAGAUCAUGAUCCUGCAGUCUCACUGCUCAAAUCUCUGCAAUUUAGGUGUUAAAGGAACACUAUAGUCACCUAAAUUACUUUAGCUAAAUAAAGCAGUUUUAGUGUAUAGAUCAUUCCCCUGCAAUUUCACUGCUCAAUUCACUGUCAUUUAGGAGUUAAAUCACUUUGUUUCUGUUUAUGCAGCCCUAGCCACACCUCCCCUGGCUAUGAUUGACAGAGCCUGCAUGAAAAAAAAACUGGUUUCACUUUCAAACAGAUGUAAUUUACCUUAAAUAAUUGUAUCUCAAUCUCUAAAUUGAACUUUAAUCACAUACAGGAGGCUCUUGCAGGGUCUAGCAAGCUAUUAACAUAGCAGGGGAUAAGAAAAUCUUAAUUAAACAGAACUUGCAAUAAAGAAAGCCUAAAUAGGGCUCUCUUUACAGGAAGUGUUUAUGGAAGGCUGUGCAAGUCACAUGCAGGGAGGUGUGACUAGGGUUCAUAAACAAAGGGAUUUAACUCCUAAAUGGCAGAGGAUUGAGCAGUGAGGCUGCAGGGGCAUGUUCUAUACACCAAAACUGCUUCAUUAAGCUAAAGGUGUUCAGGUGACUAUAGUGUCCCUUUAAAUCCCUUUUGUUUCUAUCCAUGCAGCCCUAGUCACACCUCCCCUGGCUGUGACUCACACACCAUGCAUGAAAAAGAAUGGUUUCACUUUCAACUAGAUGUAACAUACUUUAAAAGUUCCUAUUGCCUGCUCUCUAAAGUGAACUUUAAUCAUACAUAGGAGGCUUCUGUGGGGUCUAGCAAGCUAUCAACAGUUUAAAUUAAAUAGAAUUUGAAAGCUAUCAACAUUUUAAAUUAAAUAGAAUGUGCCAUGAAGGAAGUAUAAACAUUAGCUGACUCUUUACAGGAAGUGUGUAGGAAGGCUGUGCAAGUCACAUGCAGGGCGGUGUGACUAGGCUGCAUAAAUAAAGUGAUUUAACUCCUAAAUGGCAGAGAAUUGAGCAGUGAGACUGCAGGGGCAUGAACUAUACACCAAAAUUGCUUCGUUAAAGGACCACUAUAGUGCCAGGAAAACAUACUCUCAGGGUCCCCCUUCCGCCAGGCUCUGGGGGGAGGAAGGGGUUAAACUUGCCUCUUUCUCCAGUGCCGGGCGGGGAGCUCUCCUCCUCCUCUCUGCUUCCUCUGCUCCUCUUCGGCUGAAUGCGCAUGCGCGUCAGGAGCUGCGCGCAAAUUCAGCCAAUCCAUAGGAAAGCAUUUACAAUGCUUUUCUAUGGAUGCUGGCGUCUUCUCACUGUGAAAAUCAGUGAGAAGCACGGAAGCCUUCUAGCGGCUGUCAAUGAGACAGUCACUAGAGGCUGCAUUAACCCAUUUAUAAACAUAGCAGUUUCUCUAAAACUGCUAUGUUUAUAAAAAAAAAAGGGUUAACCCUAGAAGGACCUGGCACCCAGACCACCUCAUUAAGCUGAAGUGGUCUGGGUGCCUAUAGUGGUCCUUUAAGCUAAAGUUGUUUUGGUGACUAUAGUGACCCUGUAAUGUGAUAUAGCUGGAAUUUUUGCAUGCUUUGCAGGGUUUCUAAAGAAGCAGGCGUCCCAGCCUUGUAGAUCUACAAACCACAGGAUGCUUUGCCAAUGCCAGGCAUGCAAAUAAUUCUGGGUAUUGCAAAGCUCUAACUGCUGGUAGUCUACCUUUCAGUCUGCGCUUGUUACCUUAUUAAAACCAGUAUAGCGUUUACCAGGAAAUUGAAAACUGUAGCUUAUUCAGCCAUAUAACAAUAUUGGUUUUCAGGACUAUAACUACCAUGAUGCUUUACCAGCAAUGAGCGUAGUAGUUCCCAGCAUCUGGUGAUCUAUAUUUUGAUCACACUGGUUAUAAGGAAUGUUGAGGCCAUGCUGUCACAGUACUGUGGCCUUCCUAAUGGUGUUCUGGGUUUUGAGCCUGAAACAUUCCCUUUCAGCGCGUGGCAAUAAAAUAUUCCUGAACCAGCGCUCCAAGCACCGUCCCUCCUCUCCUGGACUGACCCUAAUAGACCGAUCGGGUUAUCAGCCAUUUUCACAGAUACACUUGCCCUAACGAAGCCCCCACUUUUGUUUGUGUGAGAUACUUACUUACUAAAAGCAUUCCUUGCUAGCGAACAGGAUAAACAAUCUAUAAUCUGCCUUUGGAAUCCCAGAUCUUGACUUGCUGCUCAUUAUGGGAGUUGUAGUGCACAAAAAUCUGGGAUAGCAAUUGCUUCUCUGCAGCAAAGGUAGCCCCAACUCCUAAAAGACUGGCAAAGCAUCAUGGGAUUGGAAUUUUCCACUAAUUUAACCCUUGAUAUAAAGAGAAUGUGCAUCCAUAGUAAAGUAGCAAAGCACCCACAUACAUUGUACUCUGGAUAUUUGCUUACGCUAUAUGUUGACAUAUCAGCCGAGCGUGCAAGAUGCUUCCUUCUUGGCAUGUCUGGCAAACCUGAGACCGUCUACUAACGUGCCAUUGUAUGUGAACUACAUUCCCUCUGGUCAUCAUGGGAAACGGAGUCCAGAAAAAUCCGCAGUCCCAUAGCUAGGCUGCACUUUUCUUUAACCCCUUAAGGACACAUGUCGGGAGUUUUCUGUAAUGCCGGCCUUUUACUUCUGAAGCUGUGCCCUAAGGGGUUUAUACACAGCGACUUGUGUCAGAGACGGCCCAAAUACCUGUAAAAAACACUUACUGCUCGGUAAUGAUAGGGUUAACGUAGUAUGUCUUCCAGGUAUUUGGGUGAUGAGAUAAUGAGGAUGUUCAUUUACCAUUAAGCAUUUUACAGGUAUAUGGGCGGUGUCUGACUUUUUAUAGGAGUCUUCCCCUGGCUAGGGAUUUCGAGCAUCUGCAGUUAAAGUUCGGAUAAAUGCGUGGGCCAUAUGUGUUUCUUAAUGUAGAAUAGUUUGUAAGGUGCCAUCACACGCCCACUUCCCAUCUACCAGAAAGGCAUUCGUUUUCAGGUACGUCCUAAAAAGAAUCUACAAACAGGAAAUGUGAUAUUGAAUUUCUACAGAUUAGGACGUUGAGGAUGUACUAACACUCAUCUCCCACUAUUCCUGGGCGGCAGCAAUGACUGUAGUAUAGGAUCAGUCCAAUACAGUUACUUAAUCCCUGUGCAUCGUUAAAUAGCUGGAUGUGUUUUAGGAUCACUCCAGUGGCUACUAUUAGCCCUUUAAUGGCUAUUUGAGUGAUACUAAAAAAAAAAACAGUUAUUUAACGAUGCACAGGGAUUUGGGACAGUGCGCAGGUACCAUUUCUUUAGCUUUAAGUAUGUCUCUGUGGUUUAUGGAGUUUGUAGAUUGAUGGAAAACAAUGUGUGGCAACAAAGAGGAAGGCUCGCUCUGUGGGGAGAUGAGUGUAUUAUUUUUGGGCUCGCUCUGUGGGGGGAUGAGUGUAUUAUUUUCGGGCUCGCUCUGUGGAGGGAUGAGUGUAUUAUUUUCGGGCUCGCUCUGUGGGGAGAUGAGUGUAUUAUUUUUGGGCUCGCUCUGUGGGGGGGUGAGUGUAUUAUUUUUGGGCUCGCUCUGUGGGGGGAUGAGUGUAUUAUUUUCGGCUGGCUCUGUGGGGGAUGAGUGUAUUAUUUUCUGCUCUGUGGGAUUGUAUUAUUUUCGCUGUGGGGGGAUGAGUGUAUUAUUUUCUGGCUCUCUGUGGGGGGAUGAGUGUAUUAUUUUCUGGCUGCUCUGUGGGGGGAUGAGGUGUAUUAUUUGGCUCGCCUGUGGGGAUGAGUGUAUUGUUUUGGGCUAAGCUCUGUGGGGGGAUGAGUGUAUUGUUUUUGGGCUCGCUCUGUGGGGGGAUGAGUGUAUUAUUUUCGGGCUCGCUUUGUGGGGGGAUGAGUGUAUUAUUUUCUGGCUCGCUCUGUGGGGGGGAUGAGUGUAUUAUUUUGGGGCUCGCUCUGUGGGGGGAUGAGUGUAUUAUUUUUGGGCUGAUGACAUGUUUUCUACCCGUUUGUGAUGUUAAUAGAGGCAGUUUGCAGGUUGCGUCUCCUCAAAAUGUACCAUUAUCUGGCGUUUCUCUUUCGAAAUGCAUUCACAUUUAACCAUGUGGUCUUUAAAAGGGGGCAGCCUCUAUGCCUGGGGUACAUUUCACGUUUUAGCCAAAUGUAGAACUUCGUUAUUGACAAUCACCUCAUCAACAGCUGGAGAGCAAUGUUAUAGCCAUCUCUGAGUCAGGCUUAAUCACUAAACUGAAAAUUGUCCACAAUCCACCAGGAAAUGUCCAGCCUAAAUAACCUAUCUGGAAACAGCUGACUUGGAUAUUUUUUCCCUAGUUUUGCUAUUUUGGCUACAUUUACAGUAAAAAAUGUAUAUUGCUAUGAAAAAACUCCUACAUCGUAUAGGACUGGUCUAGUGAAUUCUAUUUAUAUCUAUUUAUGUUUAACCUACCUGGUAAAUCAGUAAUUCAUGUAAUCGCUAACCCUCUAUGACCGCAUCUGUAGGGGCACCAGCCCGUGACAUCCUAGCUAGUUGUUUAGAAUGCAGAGCAUUUUCUAGUGAUAUAACCGCAUAUUGCUGUUAAGUUGAAUUUCCUAUUAGAGCUAGAGAUUGUAUCGUUUGUGAUAACCUACUUUUCUCCAACUUUUGUGUGCUUGAAAUGAUUCUCUGUAGACCCAAAUGUCCCCUUUUCUGUUUCUAAUCUCCAGAUGAUAACCUAAUUCUUUAUCUGCCAACGAUAGUGAUUUCCUCCUUUUUCAUUUUCGCAGACAGUAAUGGCAGGCCGCGGUGACGCGGUGCUUGCUGCUCGCCAUGCCAGGGAUUGUGGUUUUCCGCCGCCGCUGGUCUGUGGGCAGCGAUGAUUUGGUGCUGCCAGGAAUAUUCCUGUUUGUAUUGCACAGCACCUGGUAAGGCUUUUUUUUUUCUUCCUUGUACAAAAUGUGGUUCUGUUUCAGUUUAUCUGUGUUGUAAUCCCUCGUCAGUUAUGAGUAGUCUGUUGAACACUUGCUGGUAAAACCGGAUUCUUAGAGGUACACAAUAGUCACUAAAACAACUUUUAGCUUAAUGAAACAGUUGUGGUGUAUAGAUCAUGCCCUUGCAGUCUCGCUGCUCAAUUUUCUCCACAAUUUUUUCAGUUUGUACAACCCUUCACACACCUCCCCUGGCUUUGACUGGCACAGCCUGCGUACAACUAAUGGCUUCAUUUUUAAUUAGAUGUUAACUUGAUGUAGAAGUUUUUAUCUCCUUCUCUGUAAAUUCAACGUGUAAUCACACUCAGGUGAGCAGGGUCUUAAAGGCUACUAACAGAGCUGGAGAAUAUGAAUUCUAAAUUAAACAGACUGUGCAAAUAAUGAAAAGUAAACAUUAUUUAUCUCUGUACAGGAAGUGUUUAGGAAGGCUGGGUGAGUUACAGCCAGGGGACUGCAUAAACAAAGUGAUUUGUCUUCUAAAUGGCAGAGAAUUGAGCAGUGAGACUGCAGGGCAUGAUCUAUACACCAAAACUGCUUCAUUAGGAUAAAGUAGUUUUGGUGCCUAUACUAUCCUUUUAACGUACAUAUAUUCUAAAGGGUUCUAAGGGCAUUUGCAACCACACAAAUGUAUACUCGACUAAUGGAGAUUCUAGAACACUGACCCAAAAUGUAGUGCACAUGUAAAAGGAUCGUUCCUUUUUAGAUGAUAUUCUCUUAUAAAACUUGGACAUCCUACUUGGCUAGGUGUUCACAGGAUCUUGAUUUUGACUUUAUGCUUACUGGAUGCAGGUUUCUACAUGUGUUCUCAAAUGACCUGAAUUAUUUGAAGUAUUUAAUGCCGACAUAUUCUGCAGUGCAGUUCAGUUUAAGCAUGAAGUAAAAGGAAAGAAAAGAUGUAGGUAAGACAUGGGAAGUAAUACUUGAUGAUAUACUGAUAAUCUACAAAUGAGGACAGUUUAGAUUAGAGGGAAGACUUUUUUUUUUUUGCAGGAGGUGCACAGAGAAAAAGAAAAUCCGUGAGAACCAUGUCUAUGGGGUGUUGAGUUAAAUGAAAAAUGUCACAUUUUUCAUUUAUAUUGUCGCACCUUAGAUGCCUGAGACAUUCCUUUGUUCGCUUGACAUAGGCUGCUCUCUUUUUAUAUCUGUUCGAGUGAGUGUCGUGAACGCCGGCAUCUGUUAUAAGAGAAGGGAAUUCAGCCAGAGAUGGAUUGAUCCUGCAGCCAAACAAAACACAUGCGUGGGGUGUAGCUUGAAUCCUGGGAGAGGAGUGGAAUUGGUAGAACAAAACUUCACACCAAUAAUAAAACAUUUCAAUCCACUCGAAUAUUAGAACAAAAAAUGUGUAAAUGUAUUAAAACAAAAACAUGGGUGCAAUGUGGCUGGAGCAAGCAAGGCAAGGGGAGGGGGGCAUAGUUUCUGAAGUCACAAAAUGCUCCUGAUUGUUCCAGCCAUGCUGUAUAAAAGGUUUUCGAUAAAGUUAUAGCUUUUUUGUUCUAAUAUCCAAAUCGAUUGAGGCCUUUUUUUUUUAACUUUCAUUUGAAUUUCGUUUUUUCUGUUCUAUCUAUCGAUUUCCAUUGUUGUGAGACACUCUGUCAAUUGCAGGUUUGUUAUCCUGUCUGUGGUUCUCUUUGGUCUCACCUAUAACCCGAACGAGGCAUGUUCUUUGAACCUGGUGGAUCAUGGACGUGGGUACCUGGGCAUCCUGCUCAGCUGCAUGAUAGCAGAGGUGGCCAUCAUCUGGCUGAGCAUGAGAGGAGGAAUCCUCUACACAGAGCCCCGAGACUCCAUGCAAUAUGUGCUGUAUGUGCGGCUUGGUAAGUAAGCCCUGAGCAUCUUGGAGAACCGUGUACAACUACGAACUCAACUGAUUGAACAGUUUUGGUACUUAACAGUCUUUUGUUUUGUAUUUUUCUCUCAAGCAAUCCUAGUAAUUGAGUUUGUUUACGCCAUCGUUGGCAUUGUCUGGCUUGCUCAGUAUUACACAUCUUGCAACGAUGUCACAGCGAAGAACGUCACACUGGGUAAGUGCCCGGUGUUUUCUUGUUUAGUGUGGGUGUACUUCCGAAGAUAUGAGAUCAGAAUCUGGCAGUCGGCUUGAGUUUGUGAGGAUGAUUUUCUCAUGUGGAUUUAUGUCUACAGGAAUGGUUGUGUGUAACUGGGUAGUCAUACUCAGUGUCUGUAUCACGGUGCUCUGUGUUUUUGAUCCAACUGGAAGAACCUUUGUGAAACUGCGAGCAACGAAAAGAAGACAAAGAAAUCUGCGCACUUACAACUUGAGGUAGGGAUGUUUUCUGGCUCAACGGUUUCCAUUGUGUUUCCAUUUUCUUUUAUUUUCUUCACUCUUUCUUUGCAACCAAAUCCUUGCAUAGUUCCUCUCACAAUCCUCUAAUGUUUCUUUGCUCAUGCCACGUGAAUCUACACCUCUCAACCCCAGUAUUCUAAUUUGUUUCUGCUCUCCUUUUAAGACAUCGUCUGGAAGAAGGACAAGCUAGCAGUUGGACUCGUCGUCUGAAAGUCUUUCUGUGUUGCACUCGCACAAAAGAUUCACAGUCGGUAAGUGAAAAGGUGAUGAGGCUUAACCUGUGUGUGUUCAUUUUUUAUAAACCAGGGCUCAGUGCACCAAUCCAAUACUAAUCAAUAUAUCAGUUCUAACAGAAUUAGGAAAUCCUGGACCACUGGUGGUCUUUUUUGGGUUGGGACUAAAAAAAGGUUUUGUCACAUCUAACUGGAGCUUGGGAUGGAAUAACUGCAUUUUGGAGUUAGGAUAUCUGUGAAUGAGGUCUUUUAGACACUAUAGCAGAACAACUACAGCUUAAUGUAGUUGUUCUGGUGAGUAUAAUCAUUGCCUUCAGGCAUUUUCAUGUAAACACUGCCUUUUUAGAGAAAAGGCAGUGUUUACAAUGCCCCUAGGGACACCUCCAAGUGGUCACUCCUCAUAUGGCCACUGGAGGUGCUUCCUGGCUCAAGGCUGCACAAUAAGCAGCCCUGCCGUUCAGCAUCCCCACGCUCUGUAUGGAGACACUGAAUUUUUCUCAUAGAGAUGCAUUGAUUCAAUGCAUCUCUAUGAGGACGUGCUGAUUGGCCAAAACGGCAUCUAGCUCCCGCCCCCUUGCCAAUUUGGGUGGAGCCCACGCACCAGCGCGGCACUGGAAAUAAGGUGAGUUUUAAACUUUUAUGGGGCGGUCUAAGGGGGGGCAAACCACCUAAAUGGUGGGUUUAGCACUAUAGGGUCAGGAAUACAUGUUUGUGUUCCUGACCCUAUAAUGAUCCUUUUAGGUUAGACUUUACUGGAUAUUAAGUCAGACAACUCUAUAUAUGUUUAAGAAAGCUUGAGAACAGUCCUUUGUAUCUUAAAGCAUCUUUUUAAUUAAUUUAUUUUAAAUGUUGCGGAUCUGUAUGCUCUGAGGACAUCCACGUGAUAUGCUUGGCUAUUUUCCAUCAAAGCACAACUGUCACCAGAUUUUUAUAAGACUCCUUGCAGCAUGUAAUGAAAAAAUAUGGCAUUUAUUUAAUAUGUGAAAAUACCUGUAAAUCCGUCCUUUUACAGAACACUAGAUCCCUCUGCCUUAUUCAUACACCUUCGGUCGAACUGAGGUAGAAUCCAACCGUUAGGCUUCUGCUUCACUCCCCAUUAUGUCUCUGGCCCCAUCCUUACAAGAUGGGAACCUUUUCUAGAGAGUGGGCAGCAAUGGCUGUAGGUUUUUAGUGGGUAUCCCACCUGUCGGAUGACAGAUAUGGGCGUAUAGAGGUAAAAUACCUCCAUUGUAGUAAUAUGGGGGUUUUAUUGACCCCCAUGGGAUAGUUAUUUAGUUGUUUUUUAAAAACUAUUUUCAUGUUGCAGCCGGCUAGCUGCCACAUAAUUAAUCCUUGCGCUGCUGAGUGUUUUUAACUAUUGCCCACUGGCUGUUCGCUGGCAAAUACUUCUUAUAGCUAGCAAGUGAAUGAUAAUUUGCCAUCCCUGUUCUGUAGAUGGAUUUAGAUGAGUUUAGAAAAUCAGGGAUUUCCGAAUCCGAAUCAGCGUUACAGAAUCGGUCAGACUGACCAAAUUCUGAGUGCAUUUAAAUUUAGUAAAUAUGAGAAUGGCCAGUGUGGUCGGAAUUCAGACCAGGCACAUUAAAUACAGACAGUACAGCAGCCGUGCCCUGAUUAGAAGAGCACACAGGGCGAUGGCUGAUCUCCUCACAGAUCUGUGCAGGGAGUGAAGCAGUAGCCUAACGGUCGAAUUCUACCCCAGUCAGACCAAAGAACGGGCCAGAUUUUCAAGUAUUUUUACAUAUACUUCAUUUUUUGUAAAUGAAUUUCAUUACAUGCUGCAAGGAUUCUUCUAAUAAUUAAAAAACAAUCUGGUGGCAGUUGUCCUUCUCGUAAAAAGCACUUCUCUCUAGGAGGUGUGAUGAUAACCAUGUUUCUGUUUUGCAGGACGCAUACUCUGAAAUUGCCUACUUGUUUGCAGAGUUUUUCCGAGAUCUUGACAUCGUUCCAUCAGAUAUAAUUGCUGGGCUUGUUCUUCUGCGUCAGCGCCAGAGAGCCAAGCGUAAUGCAGUUCUGGAUGAGGUGUGUCAUUUGGUGACAAAUGAGAUACAACUAUCAACAGCAAGGGGUGUUUUGAAUUUAUUUAUUUUUCAUUUUAUUUAUUUUAUGGGAGUGAAGAAUUUGUAUAAUAAGGAGUGGAUAUGAAUAUCUGUGUCUAUUUUACUUUCAGGCCAAUAAUGAUAUAUUAGCAUUUUUAUCUGGAAUGCCCGUAACCAGGAAAACCAAAUACCUUGACCUGAAAAAUGCAGUGAGUAUCACAUUUACCUGGAGAAUUAGCUCGCUACCCUAUUCCUUCUCCUUCUAAUGCUUGCUUUGUCCCCCCAGCAAGAGAUGGCACGGUACAAGGAGGUGUGCUACUACAUGCUCUUUGCACUUGCAGCAUAUGGCUGGCCCAUGUACCUCAUUAGAAAGCCAACAUGUGGCAUCUGUCGAUUGGCAGGAGCUUGCUCGUGAGUACUUCACCAUGAUUGACCACAUUCUCUGCCUUUUGCUCUCUCCUAAAUCGGGAGCAAUUUUAAUCUAUUUUCUAGUUGCUCUCACGUUUUAUUUUCUAUUUGUUUUGAAUUUUUGACCCGAUUCUUUGUUGCCUUCGUCCAUCAUUGACUUCCCGUUUUUUUUUUUUCCACACAUUUUCUUCUUCUUUUUUUUUGUCUUCUCAUUUUACACUUAUCUUAAUUCUUAGCUUGCCCACAUUUUAACUCGCAAGUGUAGACAGUCUCACUUCAUCUUGCAAUUAUUCUCUACAUCUCUCAUUAUUUUAUUGCUUUCUUUAUUGUCUCUUAUUCUGACAGCUCUAAACCUUUUGCAUAUCUCCUCUAUCAGUAGUUGCUGCUGUCUGUGCACUUCCCGACCUCGUUUUGCUCCUGGAGUUACAAUCGAGGAAGACAACUGCUGUGGCUGUAAUGCAAUAGCCAUAAAAAGGCAUUUCCUGGAUGAGAAUAUGAGUAUGGUGGACAUUGUAUAUACAUCUUGCCAUGACGCGGUUAGUGUUCUAUCUGCCCUUACUUUAUUCCUCUCUGCUUUGCCCAAAAUGGGUAAUUGGAUUUUUAAAAUGGACAGCUCUCAAAUGACUUAAUAAAUGGGUCUGUUAUAACCACCUCUGCUCUUGUGUUGAUAAUAUCAAACAUUCUCUGUGUUGGGUCUUAAAGAGACUAUUCAGCACUCUCUUACUUCCUUUUUUAGGUAUAUGAAACUCCAUUUUUUGUGGCGGUGGACCAUGAUAAAAGGAAAGUGGUGAUAAGUAUCCGUGGAACGCUAUCUCCAAAGGUGCACAAAAAACUCAAAUUGUGUCUUCUAUAAUGCCAAAAAGAAGACAUUCCUUGGAAUCUAAUCUUCCUUUUCUGUUGCUAGGAUGCCUUAACUGAUUUGACUGGAGAUGCAGAACGUUUACCAGUUGAAGGACACCAUGGUACAUGGCUGGGUCACAAGGUAAAGUGCUGAUAUAGACUGAUUUUAAAUUGGCAAUGUUAUAUCAUUUCUGGAUGCAUGGCCCUACACCAGAGCAUGCAAUCAUGUCGUUUGGCAUGUUCACGGUCUUCCUGUUAGGUUCUGUGUUAAGUCAACGUUAAUUUCUCUGAAGCUCUGCUCCAAAAUUAAUCAAUAAAUUCCAGGUCAGGCCUCCACCAGUGUUUGAAUACAUGCAUGCAAUCUGUGUGUGAUUUUUAUGCACUUUUCCAUUUCCUCACUUUUAAGGCACUGAAUUAGGCUCUGUGUGAGUAACAAUUAGGGGAGUGUAGAGAGAUAUUUGGAAGGCACAGCAUUACCAGUAAUGGAAGGGGGUGUUAUAUUGGAGUAUAUGAAUAGUAUAACUUUUAGCUGCAGAGAAUCACAGUCUUUAGCUAUUUACUAUGUACAGCAGAGCUUAAAAGUACACUGUAGGCACUGUUACUGUUUCAUCUCAUAGAAGUGGCUUUAGUGUCCCCAAGUGCUGUCCUUCCAUUCUGCAUUAAACCUUUUUUGUCCCCAGCCUCUCUUCACCAAUGUGCUACUUGGGCAUAAUAAGGAAACAUUAGCAUGGGUGGUUGUGAUUGUCUGAAAGUAUCAGCUGACCCUUCUCAUCCUAUCACAGUGCUCAUUGCUGGUAUGAAUUGGUAUGGCUAGAUCUCAGUCUUAGCUGUAUCCCCAGUAGAGGUUAGACUCUUGGUUGUCAGCAACCUUUAUUUAGUGUUAAACUGCUUGAAAAUGGUUUAACACUGAAUGGAGGGAGCACAAGAGUACUUCACGCAAUAUAACCACUUCAAUGAGAUGAUAUGGUUACAGUGUCCCUUUAAAGCAGUAGUACAUAUCAUUUUAUGUUUCAACUAUGAGCAUUGUUUAAGCAUACCCAGCCCAAAUAUUGAGUUGUGUGUUCCCAGGGCAUGGUCCUUUCUGCUGAGUACAUUAAGAAGAAGCUGGAACAGGAGAUGGUACUUUCACAAGCCUUUGGCCGUGACCUGGUGAGUAAGUGAAGAGUCUCGGAGGCUUUUUAAGAAGGAUAUACAUGAUUAGUUAGAACAGUUACCUGGUAGCUAUAUUGACUAGCACGUAUCGGAUGAUUAAAGCAAAGUGAAUAUGUGAUAUGUCAUUCCUAGAUAACGAACACUGGCUGAUAAAGGAUAGAAAGGUUUUACAUGUUCCCACUUCUGUUUCUCUUUUUUUUUUUUUUUUCUUUUUUUUUAGGGUCGAGGCACAAAACACUAUGAUCUUAUUGUGGUGGGUCACUCUCUUGGCGCUGGCACUGCUGCCAUUCUUUCUUUUCUUCUUCGCCCACAGUACCCGUCCCUCAAAUGUUAUGCAUAUUCCCCACCUGGUGGACUGCUAAGGUAUUUAACAGCUAUAAUUGUAUAAUUUACAUUUUGACAUUAAUAUAUAGUGUAAUGUGUGACCAUUACUAAAUUGGUUGAUGUAUCCAGAGAUUAUCUUAACUUUGUUUUCCCUACAGUGAAGAUGCCAUGGAAUAUUCAAAGGAGUUUGUUACAUCUGUAGUGCUUGGGAAAGAUCUGGUUCCAAGGUAGGGGAUUGGUUUGCUGAUUCUACUGACAUUAUAAGUUAGUGAAAAGAUCUAUGAGCCUAAACCCACCUCUCUUACAGGAUCGGGUUGUCACAGCUGGAAGGUUUCCGCAGGCACUUGUUGGAUGUUCUUCAGAGAAGCAACAAACCAAAGGUUAAUUUCAUUUACUGUAGUGGCUGAAUAUCUAAGCCUCGUGAUUCAUUGUUCCUUAAAUAUUAAUGCUGUAAUUACUGGCUAUUGAUUUUUUUUUUUUUUUCAUGACACGGAUUAUCUGCAAGAAAAAAAUGACGACUUGUUCCUAUUGUUUCACAGCCAUUUUGUGACUUUGUCACUUUUAAUCUCAUUUACAUUCAACGCUUCUUUUUUUUUUUUAUAUAUAUUUAUAAAUUUUCAUAAAUGUAAGACAUACAUUCAGUGUUAAUUACUAAAGUGAGAAUUCAAACGGAUUUUCACAUUUAAUGCCACCAUAGCUACACUGAAAGCAUAGCUGACGUAGAGAAUUUUUCUGUCCGCUAUUUUGACCUUAAAUUUGAAAUUCACCUUCAAUUUAGGUUGAAUUCUAACGUUAGUGACUAACCAUGGUAGUGAACAUCUAGUUUUGAAUCUUUUUUUUUUUUUUUUUAAAUCUUUAUUUUGGAUUGAUAGCUGAAGAACUUUAGUAUGAUUUUUUUUUUUUCUAACAUUGUCGCUUUCUAAUCCCAGUGGCGCAUAAUCCUUGGUGGAACGAAGUGCAUUCCCAAGUCAGAACUCCCUGAUGAGUCUGAAGGGGUGACUGUACCCAGUAAUAGACUUUGGACUCAUCCCAGUGACCUGACAAUAGCUUUAUCUGCAAGUACGCCACUCUACCCUCCUGGACGAAUCAUUCAUGUGGUUCACAAUCACCCCGAGGAGCAGUGCUGGUUAGUCUAAAAGAGGGUUAUAUUGUACACAUUCCUUUUUGAUGUCAUUGUGUGACCUUAUUUGUCAAUAUAUUAUUUUAUCCUUUUUUAAAUGUAGUUUCUGGGAUCAAGAAGAGCCAACAUAUUUUGCCAUUUGGGGAGACAACAAAGCGUUUGAGGAGGUGAUAAUCUCUCCUGCAAUGCUGCAUGAGCACCUCCCACAUGUUGUGAUGGAAGGCCUAAACAAGGUGAGCAAAGAAUAGUAAUUAAACUGGGGAUGGGAGAUGGAAGAAACAAGCUGGAGGGAAGGGCAACAAGACCAUUAGCCUAAGUGAGAAAUAAGGUACGCAGAAGCAGAGGGGUAACUAAAUUAGUUUGGGGUAGGGAGAACACAAUAUACUGGAAGGAGGUAACCAAAGCUGGGGAAUGGGGAGAACACAAUAUACUGGAAGGGGGUAACCAAAGCUGGGGAGUGGGGAGAACACAAUAUACUGGAAGGGGGUAACCAAAACUGGGGACUGGGGAGAACACAAUAUACUGGAAGGAGGUAACCAAAGCUGGGGAAUGGGGAGAACACAAUAUACUGGAAGGGGGUAACCAAAGCUGGGGAGUGGGGAGAACACAAUAUACUGGAAGGGGGUAACCAAAACUGGGGACUGGGGAGAACACAAUAUACUGGAAGGAGGUAACCAAAGCUGGGGAAUGGGGAGAACACAAUAUACUGGAAGGGGGUAACCAAAGCUGGGGAGUGGGGAGAACACAAUAUACUGGAAGGGGGUAACCAAAACUGGGGACUGGGGAGAACACAAUAUACUGGAAGGAGGUAACCAAAGCUGGGGAAUGGGGAGAACACAAUAUACUGGAAGGGGGUAACCAAAGCUGGGGACUGGGGAGAACACAAUAUACUGGAAGGGGGUAACCAAAGCUGGGGACUGGGGAGAACACAAUAUACUGGAAGGGGGUAACCAAAGCUGGGGACUGGGGAGAACACAAUAUACUGGAAGGAGGUAACCAAAGCUGGGGAGUGGGGAGAACAUCAUAUACUGGAAGGGGGUAACCAAAGCUGGGGAGUGGGGAGAACACAAUAUACUGGAAGGGGGUAACCAAAACUGGGGAGUGGGGAGAACACAAUAUACUGGAAGGGGGUAACCAAAGCUGGGGAGUGGGGAGAACACAAUAUACUGGAAGGGGGUAACCAAAGCUGGGGAGUGGGGAGAACACAAUGCAAUAAAAGCAGUUUAAAACAGACAAUGUGGAUUUUCUUACAUACAAUCUGGUCAAUCUCAGUUUCCUAAGAUGUUAUUCCUAUAGAGGAAAAAGGAACAAAUAGUGCAAUAAAUCUUGAAUCAAUAUCUGUAGGUAUAAAAAAGUGGAGGUAGGACACUCAGACAUAGAGCCUUAGGUAUUGGCUCAAACUUUAGGCAUUGUGGGAUCUUGUAGGGUCCCACUCCCUCUUCUGUAUAUAAUGAGGUAGAUUCCCUCUCAGUAACAGUGCUGCUCCAAUGGUAUUCCAAACGAUCUUUAUUUGAUCCAAUCAAUAAAAUAACACAAUGACAAAAUAAGUUUAAAAAAAAGUCUUUACAAUUGGUGGAAAGUCCUGUAAUAAGGUUAGCAAAGCCAGUUUCACCCCUCGUGGGGGCUUCCUCAGUUGCUGUAAACCAGGAUCUCCUGCUGUCUUCGGUUCCGUUCUCGCCGUUUUCAUUCUUUUCAUAAUAAAAACAGCAACCCCACAAUUGGGGGUCAAGCAUUUUGCUAAUAGUUUAACCUCUUAAUGUAAGGAAGUAAACGUUUUCAAUUAAAGAAACACUAUAGGCACCAAAACAACGUAUGCUUAAUGAAGCAGUGUUUGUGUAUAGACCAUGCCUAUGAAGCCUCCCUGCUCAAUCCUCUGCCAUUUAGGAGUUAAAUCACUUUGUUUCUGUUUAUGCAGCCCUAGCCACACCUCCCCUGGCUGUGACUGACACAGCCUGCAUAAAAACAAAAUGGUUUCAUUUUCCAUCAGAUGUAACUUUUAUUUUUUUUAUCUACUGCUCUGUAAAUGGAACUUUAGUCACAUAUAGGAAGCCACUGCACUGUCUAGCAGGCUAUUAACUGAGCAGGAGAAAAUACAUUCUAAAUUAAACAGAAUGUGCAAUAACGAAAGUAUAAACAUUAGAUGGCACUUCGCAGGAAGUGUUUAGGGAGGCGGUGCAAGUCACAUGCAGAGAGGUGUGACUAGGGUUCAUAAACAAAGUGAUUUAACUCCUAAAUGGUAGAGAAUUGAGCAGUGAGACUGGAGGAGCAUGAUCUAUACACCAAAACUGCUUCAUUAAGCUAAAGUUGUUUUGGUUACUAUAGUGUAUCUUUAAGUGUGAAUUGUUGGGAAUUCAAAGUGCAUUUUAAAUGUUUGACUGUAAUAGCCCACAUGUUUUUACUUCUGUUAUUAGUUUGUGAAUAAUGUUUUUAUUUAUGGCUUCUUCCAAUACAGAGCACAACAUUUAGAAUGACAUAAUAAAAAUAGUCAUAUAUUACAUUAUCAGAUAGCGUGAAGCCAGAACAAGCUUUUUUUAUAUUUAGGAACCCAUGAGUACUGGACCACUAGAGUAUCCCCAAAGUUAGCAUUGUACAAGUAGAGAAAAACGUCUAGCAAUCCUUAAACUAAGCAGCAAAUGUGACCGAUAACUGACGUUUUAAAGAGUGCAGAUAGGAAGUAACACACUGCGGUAUACGAGAUAUAAAACAGGAGUCCCAGUGAGACAUAAGAAGGCAAUUAGCCAGGCAGCACUCAGCUGACCCCAAUUUCGAGGCUGGUGGCAUUGUAUUAGAAACCUACUCGCAUGCAGGGGGCAGCCAGCUUCCUAAAACAAUCCAAAGGCAGCACAACAUGUGGGGCGCCUGAGUUGAGCUGAAACCUUCACCUCUUACUGGGCAUUGCUGAGGAACAGUCCUAGUUUCUGAAAUGCCAAGACAGGAAGGGGCCUGAAUCCUCUGCAUGCGUCUGAUGCUGCGGAGUAUCUGGCCGAUCUCUGUCCCCAAGAAGCAGCCUACUCUGGGUAGUGGCCGACACUGUUCCCUGCAUACUCCGACUAAAUGGAGUUGUUUCCAAGCUCCUCUACCUGCAUGAUAUCCAGCAGAUGAAAUAUUCAAAUAUGGCGUUCAACCUGCUCAUAAUGCCCGCCGCCCAUGAUGAAGCUAGAGAGCAGGUUCCAGUGCCACUCCAGUGAGGUAGGUAUCCACAGCAAUAAGUGGACUCCGGUCCGGAUAGGGGGAAAGAAGGGCUCUUGGAGGAGUGUCAACACGGUUCAGACAGCAGGAGAGCGGCCUAUUCCCCCCGGCACCUACAUAGAUAGUAUGCUGCAAGGGAAUCAGAGCAGAUCAGUGUUUAGGCUUGAUAAUAAAAGCACCUCAGCAUUCCCAAGUAGCAGAAGUACGGCUGCAGUCGGGAAAAGUAGGCAAUUCCACCGUUUAAAUACAAAUCGGAGAGAUCUUCUGAGGGGCACGUGUGUCCCCUCCACAUGAUGGCUAAGCCUCCCCUUUCUCUUGUUAUUUUUGUUGAAAAUUUAAAAUUAAUGUUGAAUUCUCACACUUCAUUGAAUAACCCUCUUUGUCUUCUGUGGGUUUUACACAUCUAGUCUAUGUUGUCUGUUUGUCCACCACCUUUUAGAAGGUAAAUAUUAGACAAAUCUGAAAGGUCACAAAGCACAGCCAAUAAUGUUCUUUUAACAGGUCCUAGAGAAUUACAACAAGGGUAAGACAGCCCUGCUAUCGGCUGCUAAGGUAAUGGUGAGUCCGACAGAAGUGGAUCUGAACCCAGAGCUAAUCUUCCAGCAGCAGCCGCACCUCAUCCCUCCUGUCUUAGAGGUAAUACCUGCAAUUAUGCCUGGGGCACACAACUCGAACCGGAGGAACAGCAGCACCAGGUAACAAAGAGUUAAAAUGCAAUGUUAAGUUACUGUGGGAUAUAAGGUCACAUGGAUCAAUCCCCUCCACCUUUCCUGCUAAGAUGUGAACUUUCUCAACGCAUGCUAACCACACUGUACUGUUACAUUAUUGAUGCAUGUAAUGUCUUCAUAUUAACUUGCCUGUAUGGAAUUAUUCAAGAAAAUACCUGUAUCUGGUUGUCUCCCUUUCUGGAGUAAUUUCCUUAUCACUCUUCCCCUUGUUUUCCAUUUCAUGCAUCACGAUGGCUGCCUGGUAUAUUCUCAUUGCUCAGGGCCCAGGGUGGUUUACUCUUCUCUAUGUAAUGGAAACUGUUUUUCAUUUCUCCUGCAUUGCCAUGGCCUGUUUGUGUCGUCUCUAGUUGUUCCAUGUGUGAGUUUCUUCAUUGUAUAUUUACCUUAUCACUGUUUGCCAAUCAUUCCAGUUUCAUCUUAGAUUUUAUUGUAAGGUAGGCUGCGGUUUGCCGGUGUUUGUGUAGAACUGUGCUCGUACAAUUUGGUUAUGCACAUUAGACGCUAUGAAAAGACUUUUCUCAUUUUAUUUCAAAACUUGACAUCAAUUUGGCACAUGCUUAAAGUCUCAUUGAAGAGACUACAGCUAAAAUGUUAAUUUACCAAUUAAAUUCAGAUUUUCUGAAUAAGCUCAAAAAAAGCUUCCCUUUUUAUUAUUAUACCCCAUCUUUUAAUUAGGCUUUUCUUUUCAGGCUGUAUUCUAGUGAUGUCUAACUCUUGGGGUCUGAAUUUCCUGUGCUAGCCAAGCAUCAUUGGAAAUGUAGUUCAUAACAUCACGAGUACCAGAGUUUAGAGCGCUACAUUUUGACUGCUGAAUCUUCUCCUUUCUAGCACUUUUCCUUCCCAUGUAUUCUCCUGUGAUCCCACUUAGCUUCCUGUUCAUUUAUUCUGUGCCUUCCAUUUCCUAAUGCUCUUUAUAUCAUUUUCUUUCCUCUCUGUAGGAGUAAACAGUCUGAGAUCAGUUUGGAAGGGUUUUACGACUCACGCCUGCUGUCCCCGGUGCUUAAGGAUCCAGUGGAAUUACUUUUAAUGAGCACAAAGGAUUGCCUGGCAGUAUCCCUACAGGAUCGCAGGGCCCCAUUAGCUACGAUGGAAAGUCUGUCUGACAAUGAAUCAGUCUACAGCUUUGACUCAAGGCGCUCCUCUGGAUUCCGCAGCAUCCGUGGGUCCCCGAGUUUGAGAGCUGUGCUGGAACGAGAUGAGUCACAUUGCUUCUUCAUCGAUCCCACCAUUCCUGAGGAGAACCCAUCUCUGAGCUCUCGCACAGAGCUUCUAGGGGCAGAUGCCCUUUCCAAGCACUCACAAGAGAGCCAGCACACUGAGGUGGUGCAUAACAGUGGCCGUUCUUCACCAGGUGAUUUGGCUCCUUGGGAGGAGGUGGGCAUGGCAGGUGUGGAGCACAGCAGGACACUCAUCCCAGCCCAAGAAGAGCCAGCCCUGCAGAAUGGACGCCUAGCAGAGGUUCCCAGUCCACAGGUUUUGGAGUUUGCAGAGUUCAUAGACAGCCUGUUCAAUUUAGACAGUAAAAGUAACUCUCUGCAGGACCUCUAUCACAUAAUGGUGUCUGAUGGCACAGACCGUGACAUAGCAAAGUCUGUUAGUGACCAAGAGAUCCUGUUACGGGCACAAUUUGAGCCCAACCUAGUUCCCAAGCCCCCUCGUGUCUUUGCUGGUUCUGCAGAUCCAUCAUCUGGCAUCUCAGUAUCUGCCUCGUUUCCCCUCAGCUCCUCUGGAGAACUUAUGGACCUGACACUUACAGGUAUGAGCAGUCAGGAAUGCCUCACACCUGAUCCAAUCCGGACUGCUACACCUACAGAGUCAAAUCAUAGUAAGCAAGAAGAAUUGCUCAUCUCUGCCCUCUAGUGAAAUGUAUUGGGAAAAUGGACACAUACUUAGCUGGGAGAGCAACGUUUGGAAAAUGAUUCUGCUCAAGUAAAAUAGGAAGCAGCACAAGUUGAGCUUAAUAACCAUAGGAAGUUAAGUCUGUGGAUAGUGCUGCCUGUAUUUUAUGCCAACGCUAAGGCAGCUAAAGGGUUUUUAAACCUUUAUGGAAAUCACAAACCAAGGAAAGUGAUAACAUUGCACUAUGAAGAUGCCAUCCCACGGCAGCCUUGCAUGGCUGAUCUACCAGCCAUGACUAUUUGCCAUUGUGUCAUUGGUAUGUGAGAUAUUUUGUGUAUAUGGGAGAACUGAGUGGGCAGUCAGGGUUACAAUACCAUGUUCUGCCCGUGGGCACACAUAUGGCCAUAAUACAACCCUUUGCCUACUGUGGGAGUGUAGACACAUUACUGCCAUCUGCCUAUCGUGUUGUAGGUGGUCUCAUUACCAUUCUCUGCCUUCAUUACCUCCUUGUUUUGUGUGCCCAUCCCAUGUCUCCUGAUGUGUUCACAGCAUGUUCCCUUUUAUACAGAUUAAUGCAUGGGAGCUAAGUGUAGCCACUUCCAGAGGACAAUUUGUCAUUGACUGUAAUGACACUGUAUGCGUCUGGAUGACAUUGUCGGCUAUAAUUGUAUUGUCAUACUCACUUCACCAGAACAGUGUCUGCUAAAGCAAGACUGCAAGCCAAGGAAAGGAGCUUUGCCAAUCAGGCGUAUCAGUCUUUACUGCCAGAUGGGCCUUCUGCUACUUUUAGGAAUUCAAAAUGUAAUUAUAAUCCAUAGUAAGACCCUCUGUCAAAUGUAAACAGACAACGAAACAUGUAGGCAGAAGCUGCUUCAUCUUUUAGCAAUCCCUCUUCCUUUACAUCCUGAUUUAGUGUGAGUGCUGGUUAGAAAAGUGCUGUCCAAUGUGCUUUUCCAGUAUUCUGACAAUGAAGUCAUGAUAUUUUCAGGCCUUCUAUGAUCUCUGGCUUUGAUUCAGCAUAUCACAAUCCUAGCAAUAUUUAAUCAUCUCUUGAUCCGGUUGUUCCUCUGUGUGAGUAUUCCAUGCACAGAUUGCUGUGAUAUUAUUACUUCCAUGGUCUACUGCACAGGCCUUAUUGGCAAUAUAUUUGUAGAUUACAGCUGCUGGACCCCCUGUUUGAGAGGUGACAACACGUAUUCCUGUGUCACAUGUCACCGCAAAGUCAUAGGUAGGAGAAGUUUGAUAGCUGGUAUGCCAAAGGUGAUCAGCCACUGUAUUGGAUAAUUAAACACUAUUGCGGCAUACAGAUGCUGCUUUCCUAAUACAAUCCUUCAUCUUUGCCUCAUUUUGAAAAAAUAUAUAUUUUCAGCAUCUGUAGGAUUUUGCUGGCGUAGAUAUCCUCCAAUCCUUGUAAGCUCUUCUCUUUUGUGCCAUACGAAGCUGUAGUCAACGUCUUAUUUUAUUUCCCAUUCUAUCCUCCUCGUCUUAGUGACCUAUGUGCCAACUUCCCUCCGCACGACUUUCCUCCCUCCCCCUCUAUUUCCCCCCAUCAUGUGUUUUUAAACCACUUGUGCUCUCAAAACCUAUUUGUGUCAAAAAUCCCAAGGCGAUUACAUAUUCUGCUAGGAAGGCCUGAUGUGAAGAGGGAACAGUAAUCCGUAUGAAUGAAGUAUGUGCAUGGGAUAUAUAUAUAUUUUUAUGUGUAUGGGGUAUAAAUGUCAAAUAAUGCAUGUUUCAAUAAGAGCAGUGUUUUGGGGCCAUGUUCUCUCUGAUGAAGAACCUUUUGUCAUUAGAAACGUGCCAAUGCUGUCUGAAAUAGUAUGCUUUACCGAAGUAAAGGGACUAGUGAAGAGGAUAAGAUAGUUACUCCAAGGUAGACUUUGGCUAUGGAUUUGAUUUGAGACCCUCCUAGCAGCCAUGGAUAUCAAAGUCCAAAGUUUUUUUUACGUUUCAUGAACAUUUUUGUUAAUAAUUAAUAUUAAACCUAUUUUUCUGGAUAUUUUGAGAACACUUGUUAACUGCAGAGCCAUCUAGUCUUAUGUUUAUUAAUGCCUUAAUUUAUUUUAUAUGUCUGUUAGAAAAUAACAGUAUCAGAAGUUCAAAAUUUAUGUAAAAGAACUUGGACUUCCUGCUCACACAAUUUAUUGCUGAAGUAUGUAAUACGCGCUGAAAAAAAAAAAAGCAAAUUUGAAAUCAAAGCUGUAUUCUGGUUGGCUGCUUGGUGGUGACCUCCAUCCAAAUCCAGCUCCAACUGGAAUCAUGAAUAAUAACGGUAUCCCCAGACCACUGUACAACGCAGACUUCCUGUAGCAAUAAAACUAAACGUAGGCAUGUUCAGUAACUUUUACACUUGUUGGGGUUUCUCCAAAUAUGUUCUUUUAUAAAAGUGGAACUUAAGUUGAAGCAUUGCCAUCUGCUUAAUGCAUUUUCAAUUUUUGGCUUAUUUGUAUUAUUUAAAAGAUGCCUUUUCUAUGAUCGGUCAGUAGGCCGUCUGAUCGACCUGAUAGAUUGCACUGCGGUACGACUAUCCUGACCCUGAUUUUACAGGUUUUGCAGUUGUGUUUAUUGCCAUUUUCCCUGUUCAUUUUCUUAUUUAUUUGCAUUGCAUUUUCCUCGAUGUGCCCCCCUUCUGUUUACAUCUGUCUUGUUGUGAGUUAUCGUCUCCAUACCUUUCCCUCUGGGUUGGCGAGGACUCUUUUUUAACACUGGAGCUAUGUUCUUUGCACAAUAAGUAUUCCAUUAUGGGGAUGUUACAUGGAUCGUAUUAAAAUAGGGGGUUUCACCAUAGUGUCUCCAAGAUGCAUAUUUCACUAAUUUACAGGAUAACCACUAACAAUGACCCCUGCACACUAUUUUUCGUUUGUUUGUUUGUUUGUGUUUUCUCCCUUGUACUGAUAUUUUGGGGAUUUUCUGCUACGACUGUCAUCUAGAGUUCAUCUCCGAUACUCACAACUUCAACUUCCUUGUCCUGACAACUUUCUUGUUGUGCUCAUUGGCCUUCUCCACACGUGCACCUAGGCACCAUUAGAAUGUAAUGCCAUUAAUUAGACAGCAGGUGCCCGGGGCCUAUGUGGUGAGCUGGUAUUUUAUACAGUGGUGCUCUGUUAUGUCACUGCCAAGGCAGUGGGCACUCAGGACCUUGCUUACAAUAUGAGGGGCUUUUUAUGCCCCUUCUUGACCUGGGUGCCUUAUUGGCCAUUAAUUCCAGAGCAAGUGGCUGAAUUAUCUUUCUGUGAAAAUGAUAAGAAUGCCUUAAUAUCCAGAAACCUCUGUAUCCAGCUCCCCCUUAUCCUGCCACUUUCCACUAGCCAGGUGGCAGAGAGGAGAAAGAAGUUGUCGUGCAUGUCUUAGCGCCCUAAACACUGCUCUGUCUUGUGCCAUAACCCUAUGUCCCCUGUAGUUUAUGUAUGAAUAAAACUUAAUAUUGUAAAGAAAAGGUACUAAAUAUAUAGCAUAUCCUAUAAAUAUAUAAAUAUAUACAUACGUUCUUGUAUAUUCUAUACAGACUGUAAAAAGGAACAGGUGUGGUUAUAAUGCCCAGUGCGGAUGUACAAUCCCCUUCCUUCAGGCUGUAUAUAUUUCCCUGCAUUCGGGGGGUCCGAGCCGAGGCGAAGGAGAUCUUUUUACUUUUCUUUGGCUGCUGCACGAGAAGGAACAGUAAAGUAUCAAAGUAAGCUCCUCACACUGGAAAAUCAUUUUUUAAAUAGGUCUCAAAUCUACAGAUUGGGAUAGAGCUUUUAGCCAAACCUUUGCAUAAUCCACGUCUUCAAGAACCCUAGAUGAUCGCCUAACUCACGGUUAAAAUGGCUCUAUCACCAGACAUUUUCUUUACUUAAGUACAUUUUAAAAUGUUUUACUUUUCCCAUCGGAUAUUAACAUUUAACAGUAUUUUGCCCUUUGUAGAUGUGACCAUUUUUCAGUAACGAGGUUGCAUUGUGGAAUUAUAUGAUAAUUGAAAAGGCUGCUGACUGCAUGGGAGCUAGCAGCCAAUUAGAAUCUAGCAUUUCCACCGUAGCUGACUGUAUUCGUUCCCAAUUAGAAGAGGAAACCGGGCUUAAAGGACCACUUCAAUGUUGAAGAAUCAGCGAUGUUUACACUGAAGGGUUAAAUACACUUCUUGUGGCUGCCUUCCUAACAGCCACUAGGGACGCUUUCACCUCCAGAAGCAAGUCAAAUUCGGUCCUGCAAUUAAAUGCUGCUCAUAUCAACAUGUGAUUGGACGAUCACAGCGAUUGGCAGCGCAUACAUAUCUCAGACCCAGUGCUUCUCAAUGACAAGCUCGAAACGAGGUAAAUAUAUUCAAUUUCUAUUUUACAUCAGCAGAGUGGGUAGAUAGAUGUCAGAACAACGGAAGGGUACCUGCAGCCCCAGAAAAAAAAACUGGUGUUUUCAUGAAUCUAGCUUACCGUAAUUUAAACUGCCUGAUGAGAUAGACUGGCCAUAAUAGUUCCGAUUUCAUUGCAUAGCAAUUUUAAAAAAUAUUAUAUUUAUUUAUUUGUACAAAGGAAACUUUUUAAUCGGUUUUAAAAAUGACCAAAUUGUGCAAAGAAUAUUUCUGGUGACAGAUCCUUUAUAAAAAAAUAAAUAAUGUAUAAUGUAACUUUUAAUGUUACAAUUCAUUUUUCAGAAUCUACUACAGUUUUGCUAAAGGUCUGGAAUAAUUCCUGGCAAUAAAACAUGUUAUGCCUCUUUUCCUAAAUUGUUCUGAUGACCUGUCUGGGACCGAAAAGCACAAUGGUAACAUUUGGAGCUUUAAAUUAAUUCUCUUUUUUUCCCCUAUUGUCUUUGGAUGCGAACAUACAUAUGAACAAUACAUGCACAGAGCAAUUCAGUUUAAUCAAUAAACUAAUUGCCUAUUAACAAGUAGGACACAUUUUAAUAGAAUUCUGAAUGAAAUAUACACUUUGACAUUGUAAACUGAAUACAAUAUCUGAUUAUUUACUAAAUUAGUAUUUGCAGAGAAAUUGGAAAAGAACUGCACGUUUUAGGUCUGCAAGGCCAAAGGGUAAAUCUGUAAAAAUAGCUAUGUACUAAGUUUACAAUUGUCUUUUUCCCAGUUCCCAGAAUGCUUAUAGUAGCUGAUAGUUUUUGGAUGUUGCAGUUUUUUUAUAUUUCAUUUUCUAUACAAAGCAGAAUAGGACCGCUCACACUUGUGGUGUUUGUCAUCCAAAGGACCAAAUGAUAAAUACAUACAUAUAUAAUUAGCAGAAUAUAUUUAUCACAAUGUCCUAUAUACCUUAUUUAGUUUUAGUGUGUUUUAACCCCUUAAGGACCAAACUUCUGGAAUAAAAGGGAAUCAUGACGUGUCAUGUGUCCUUAAGGGGUUAAAUUGGGGAUUGACCCUCUAAUUUGGAGACAGUAUAUUAAUCAUACAAAUGAUAUGCUUACUGCCUGUCUGUUUUGCAGUAAUGGGCCCUCAAUGUGUAUCCAGUGUUUAUUAGGUUCCAGACUGCGCAUUAAAACUGCCGUCAUCCUGUACUGAUUGUACUUUUUAACACUAUGCCUGCGUGUGUCCUAUAUCCCACUCUUAUGGGCCGUUGUUUUAUAACCUCAUGGCGAGUCCUGAGAAGAGAAAGGAUUUAAUGUCUAGAAUAUUACAAGCUUUCAUUGUUCAUUGUCCCCACUUUAUAACCACAUGAUCUUUCCUAUCCAACGCUAAAAACAAAAAAGCCUGUUUGCAUUUUGGAAUGGCACUGAAGAUUAAAAAGAAAAAAAACAAA